AUCUCUGCAGGCGGUCGCGGAGGAAGCCGGAAGCGGCGCGACCGGAAGCGAAGUUCAGCUGGGCGAUAAGGAGGCGGGAGGGAGUGAGGAGGAGGCGGAGGAGGAGCCUAAAGGGCCGCUUCGCUGUGGUGGCUGUGAGGGAGGGCGGCGCGCGCGCUCGCCCGUGGCCGUGCGGGGAGGGGGGGGGUGGCCUCGCGUGCGCGCGCGUGCGAGCAAGGGGGGCCAUUUUAGCGCUCGCCCAGCGGACGGCUGAGAGGGAGGCGUCGGCGCGCCAGGCCCAGGCCCGGGUUAACCUACCUACCCCUUACUUCGCUUCGCGGAGCCGCCCCUUCUUCCUCCCUUCGCUCCGCCGUCGCCUUCCCCCCGCUCCAGGAGGGGCCCGCCGCCGCCAUGGCGCCCCCGUGAAAGGGAUUCCAUUCGCUGGGCCCGGACGACGGACGAGACAACCCCCCCCCCGAACCCGUCCGAGGGCCGCUUCAGCUGCUUCCCUCGCCGCCGCACUGAGGCAGCUCCGUCCGCUUCCCCCUCAAGCCCGCGGUGGGGGGCGCCGCAGCCUCCCUCUUUGCCGGGCCUCCCCGCCCCCCCGCCCCGCCCCACAUAUCUCCUGUCUCUCAACCCCACAGUUGCCCCUCUCCUUAUUCGACCCCUUUCUGUCACACUCUCUGGCGGAGCAACAGCCUUCCUGCCCCCACCUCUCUCCCCUGCCCACCGCUCCAGCUGAGAGGCGUCCUGCGAGGGGCCUCGUCUCGUUUGCGGGGUUUUUUUUGGGGGGGGGUGUCAAAACUUCGGGGUGCAUAGCUUUGCACAUGUGCACUCGCCUGACAUCCCAAGUUCCCUUGCCAAACGCUGGCGGCUUAUAGACGGGCCUCGGUGAGCCCCCUGUUUGCAUGCAGUUUCCUCUGGGUGGGGUUUUUAUUUUUUAUAUCCCUCCCCUUUUCCCUGCUUUUUGGGGGGGCUUGAAAACCUCGCUUAUUUCAGCCUCUCCCGCGUUUUUGAUAAAUACAGCUGUCCACAUGCCAGCCAAGCCAAGGAGCGGUUUGCGGGUGCACUUUCCCGGUUCUUUCUUUUGAGGAAGCGGAGUUGUGAAGACGUUGCAGCUGUGGGUGUUUUUUUGGGUUUUGUUUUUUUAAAGUUGAGUGUAUACGGUCAAAAAUUUAGUUUCUUCUGUCGCUGUAGUCGCUUGGGUUUUUUGCUGGUGUUGCUCCUUCCCCCACCCACCUAGCCUCCGGAGACAAAUGAGCAAAUUGAACUUGAAGUACUAAUACAGGUUGUCCUGGAGUCCUGUCGCUGCACCUCUCUGAGAGAGAAGGCCUGCUUUUUCCCUUUCCCUGUUUUUUUGGAUGUGAUGGAACUCAUGUUUGCAGAGUGGGAGGACGGGGAAAGGUUUUCGUUUGAAGAUUCUGACCGCUUUGAAGAAGACUCCCUUUGUUCCUUCAUCUCUGAGGCCGAGAGCUUAUGCCAAAAUUGGAGAGGAUGGCGGAAGCAAUCUGCCGGACCCAAUUCCCCCACUGUCAAAAUGAAAGGUGAGUGGCUGGGUAUAGAAAGGGGUUGGUAAAAACACUGAGGAUCGAUGAGGUGCCUGUAGGCAGGCAACCAGUCAAGGUAUGUUGGCAAUUAGAAACAGGUGUGUGUUGAAAUAGAAAAACAAAAAUGUUGUAACUUGGAUCAGCUGCAGACUCAGACUUGCAUUAAGUAAGGGGCACGAUCCAGUGUUGCUUAUUAGUCAUGAACUUUAGCUGCACUCAUAUGCACACGAAUUAGAGCUGCUUAAAAUUUUUCUUUUCUACCCAAAAUCUGCCAUUGAUAAGGACUGUCAGUGCUGCCUGCAUCUUCUAUGGUGUGGACUAGUUUUUUCCACAGUCUUAAUUAGGAUAUUAUUGCCUGAAUGAAAUGCAUUGCAAUGAUUACUAAGAAUGUAUAGGCAUGUUACAGUGCAGCAAGACUGACCUAGUUAUAUACUUAAUCUUUUGCUAAGGAGAUUAUACCUUGCUCUGUGAUAGUUGUUCUUCCUCAGUCAAAGGUUAAGUUGGUGGUUCCCAACCUGUUUGAAUGUUAGUUUUUGCAUACUGGGCCCCACAGUUCGCCAUUGAUGGGACUUUUACUCAGAGUAAGGGCAAAAUGCAAGGAAUGCAAAUCGGGGAUAUAAUAAACUGUUCUUGAAAUCGAGCUAUAAUUUGCAAUAUUGUCAUGCAAUGAAAGUAGUAAUGAUUCCGUGAUUCUAUGAAGGUAAAGUCUGUCCAAAGGGGAAGCCAACUGUGUGUUCAUGGAUGGUACAUUUGAACAACACUUUACAUUCAGAGAAGUGCUCUUUUGCUGUCGUGUCAACUCAUGGUAGAAUAAUUUUCUGAACCAAAUAGUUGCAAAUAGCUUGUUGCUAUCAUCCAACUUUGGUCUUUUGGUCUCUCAGAUUUAACUAUUGUAACUCAGUUUUUUAAAAGCAGAUAUCUGAGGCUGCUACACAAAUUAUACCCUACCAAAUACACAUACAGUACUAUGCAUUUUGUGGCAGACAGUCACAAUCCAGCUCCUGUCAUACAACGUAUUUUGACAUACAGGCACAUCAUAUGCAUAUAUGAAAUGUGUUGUGUUGCCAUUUAAACCAGUGAGGAGAAAUUGAUGGUGUGUAAAGAAAUAUUUACAAGCCCAGUCCGUAUUAUAAAGUUGAUCUUUAUUCUUGGUUGCAUGUGGUGAAGGAUCUGCUCAGAACUGAGCUUGAUUUUACAAGUAGUAUGCUGCCUGAAGAGUGUGCCAGGUUAAAUUUCCUCAGGUAUUUUAAUUUGUGUAAUGCCUAGGCUUGGUGUAUGUUUUUAGCUGCUUCCUCAUAUUAGAGUUAAUGUUACCAGUUUUAUUGUAAAUUAUUAGGUCUUAUUAAUCAUUAAAAUUCAUUAUUUAUACAUGUUCACCACCCUGGAAUCUGUUGGAUGAAGGGUAAUAUGUAAUGUGUUAAAUAAAAAAAAAUAUUUCAGAUAAACAAAAUAAACAGAAAUAUCUGUAAGUAGUUUAACACAAAAUACUGUGAAAUAUUUAUGAAAAAUAUAGGUAAAAUCAAUGGAACUAAAAAUGUAUUCAUAAUAAAAUUACACGUCUGGCUAGACUUGCUGAAACAAAGAAGUUUUUAGUAGGUCAUAUCAAACUGUGUCCCUCCCCCCAGCACUUGUUAGCAUCUAUAGCUAGCACUGUUACCCAGUUGUGAAAACAUUCUUUGUAACUUGGGGAAGUUCAGGAAUAUGGUUAGGAUUGCCAGAUCAAAAUGUUAAAAUAGUAUGUUUUCUUUGCACAGGGGUUGCCAGUAUGAAACUACUCAAGGCUUACUUGAUAGUUGAGAUUAUUUUGAUGGAGAGCUUUGUUGCAGGUUGUGGACAAUACUAUACAGCAAAACUUUGUACUAUAUCUGGUAGUUAUAGAAUGUAGUGCAUAUAAUGCAUUAAUAUAUUAACUCUGAUCAUUGCUCAGGAUAAGAUAAUUGAUUUGUCACUCAGAGUUUGUGAUCACAGACCAGAAGGUAACUUGUGCUGCUUUUAGAAAAUGUUUGAGUUUGUCCCUUCUUUGGAAAUAAUGGUAUUUUGCCUGGUGCCAUGGCCUUGCUUUCCACUUAAAGUGACAACCUCCAUGGAUUUGGUGGAAAAUUGAAUUGUUCAAGGUAAAAUUGUUAAGUUUCCACCUCCUAGCUAGAAAGAAAGCAUUGAAAGCCAUGGGGAUUGGAGUAGGAAAUUGUUCAUGAAAUGCAUUCACUAAGAAACUUUGUUUUUUAAGCUAAGGAGUACAAGGGUGUAAAUGGGACUAUUCAUUACUGUCUUCAUAACAGCUCCUUGGGAUGGGUUAGGCUGGGUUAGCUUUAGCAUCUGACCCAAGGUCACCAGUGAGCUACGUGGCUGCAUGGUGGUUUGAACCCAGUUCUCCUUGGUACAAGUCUAAUACACUAGUGUACACUUGUGUUUUUUUAAACUAUAAAAGUAUAAUGGCAGUAGCUUGGAUACAUGUUCUAAAACACAUUCUUGGUACAGCUACAUCAGUGGUGGAGAACCUCAGACCCAGGGGUCAAAUGUGGCUCUCCAGUCUUCUCUAUCUGGGCCAUGAGACUCUUACAGGCCGUGUUACUUCUACCCAAGUCUCACUGCUUGCUGGGCCUGACUACAUCCUCCUCAAGUACAGUGGUGCCCCGCAAGACGAAUGCCUCGCAAGACGAAAAACUCGCUAGACGAAAGGGUUUUGUGUUUUUUGAGUCGUUCCUCAAGACGAAUUUCCUUAUGGGCUUGCUUCGCAAGACGAAACGUCUUGCGAGUUCUUGCGAGUUUGUUUCCUUUUUCUUAAAGCCGCUAAGCCGUUAAUAGCCGCUAAGCCGUUAAUAGCCGCUAAGCCGCUAAUAGCAGUGCUUCGCAAGACGAAAAAACCGCAAGACAAAGAGACUCGCGGAACGGAUUAAUUUCGUCUUGCGAGGCACCACUGUACUUUUGCCUUGUUGGCAUGGGUCCUUGAACUGUAAUAAUCAUUGUGUUUUGCUUGAUGGAGAGUGAAAACAGACUUACGUUUAUGUACUGUAUUUUGCAUGCCUCUGUGUAGCCUAUUGCACCAAUCUCAGAAUCUGUUUGUUUGUCCUCUUUUAACUCUGGUCCCACACAUAUUUUGCCUCUGACCUUGCCCACCGCCACCACCACCAUGUGGCCUCCAGAAGGUUGCUUACAGGGGAAUAUGACCCUUGAGCUUAAAAAACUUCCCAACCCCUCAGCUUCAUUUUGCAAGGAGCUCUUGAAUGGCUGUACUUUUUUGCCCAGUCUACUAAUAAUCAGGAGAUUUGCACGUUUGGUUCACUAGUGUGAAGUGAUCCCUUAGAAAUGAGAUAGGCUUAUUAGGGUUCUAUUUUUCAGUUAUGCCCGUGGAGAAACACAAGGUCCUCCCAGAAUCCUGUAAUUCACCAUUGACUCUGAAGUCUUGGAGAGGUAGUUAUUGGUACAUGCUUUAGCCCUUAUAGUAUUCAGAAAUGACUUCUGUAGCUUUUUUGGCGAAGCUUAAUUCAUCUUAAUGAAUUCUGUCACUUGUCCAUAGUUACAUUUAACUUCCUUUGAUUUUUGCACUGCAUUUUAUAGUGUUACAAACAAGGAUGAGGAAUGAAGUGAGAUGGAAAUGAGCUAUAAUACUUGAAUGGACACUAGUUGCCACCUGCUAGAAAUGUUUGUGCCUUACGAUGCAGAGUAGCAAAAUGUAGACGUUUCAACAAACAGUAGGUCAGUAGGAUGUCUUGAAGUUGAUUAAAGAAAUAUUCUUAUCCAUUUAUCAGGUCUUAUUGCCCAAAUACUUCAGUGUAAAAAGUAUUACUUCAUAAACUGCAUAGAAUUAAUUUUGUUAUUUUGAAGAAGGUUGUUCAUGCUAACGGUGAUAUUAGAUUGUGAAAAAGCGCAAUGUGGCAACACAUAAUAUGGUAACAGAAUCUACUUUCAGGAUCAAAGAAUUGAGUAUCUGAUGGAUUACAUGAAAAAGCUGUUCUGAAUGUACUGAAACUGUUCGGUGCUGAACUCAUUACAGAGGCAAGUCUGCCUGUUUACUUUAAAUGGAAAAACUGAAUUCACAAUGUCAGUUUUCUUCUUUGUCUUUAUUGCAUCAGUAUGGAAUACUGUUGUCAGAGAUCUAGGACACAAUUUCCUUUGCAAAGAAAGAUUGGCCACAGCACUGAAGAUUUAGUCUACAGCACAAUGAAAAAGGAAGUUAUGCUUCCUGGUUAUUCUGGGCUUAACUAUGUGUUUGGCUUUUUGGCUAAAUGGAGAGGUUCUAUAUAAAGAUUUUUCUAAUUUAAUUACACUAUAGGAAACAUGUAACUUUGUUUUAGUCUGCCUUGUCUAUUUACUAACACUUGAGCAAGUACUUUACUUGCACAUCCCCUUCAUACUUCCUGCAUAACAUAAGUGUUACAACUUGAAAUAAAGAUUUCAUGAAAAUGUAUAUAAUUUGGGGGAUUUGGAGGUAAUGUUUGUCUAAUUCAAUCCCCAGCCCAUUCAUACUUGUUUGCUCUUUGAUACCAUUCAGUAUUGUAAGCUGGGCAUGUAAUGAGACUUGAGUUGAAAUCUCAGCCAGACAAAUUUUGUCUGGCUAGCCCUUAGCAAAGCCCAGAUCAAAGUUUCGAUUCAUUAUCUGCAGAAUGAGAAUAACAGUGUCUAAAUUCACAGGGUUUUUAAGGGACUGGGGCAUACCCACCACUACCUUUCUGCUCAUGAAAAUGAGCUUCCUCUCUUUGUCUUCUUCAGCUACACCACAUCUUUAAAAUUAGCUUCAAAGGGGUGGUGGGUCUUCAGAAGCAAAUUUUGGGGAUGAAUGGUUGGAAGGAGAAGAAACAGAAUUCCUGUUGUGUGAUCGGACCACUAGUGCAGUUUGAAUACAACCCAGUAGUUUUGAUGUGUUACCUGUUUCAGGCAGCAUCAGUCUUACAAUUCCAAUUAAGAUUAUUCAGACCAGGCUGUGUGGAUGGUUAUCAGGUUCUCAUCCUAAAUCCUACAUAUGUUUGCUUUUAUUCCAUUACAGAACCAGCAAAAGCGUUAAUAAUCUUAAUACUGCCAAGGUUUGGAAUUUAGAAAGGUAGGAACCUUGGUAUUUAUGUAAACAGUUCAACUUUCUCCUAGGAAGUAACAGUGUAAAUGUUUUAAAAUAAAUUUAGGUAGAAUGAAUCCAUGAAGACUACAAUGUUGAGAGGUUUAGCAUAUAGUGUGGCACUCCCUGCACUACUAGCAGAUCUGAAAGACAUUUGACAGAGGAAUGAUUGUGCUUUGUAUCAAUGGAAUCUGCAGGCAUGAAUUCUUACUCCCUCUCUCAUUUCUUGAAGGGCAAUGUUACAGCUUUCUGCUUAUAUGACAGCCUUGUUCUUAUAUUAAGAAAUACUUGUAAAAUAUCUCCAAAACAUGUACUGUACUUUGUUGUUGAAUCUGGUUAAUUAGCUAAUAAACCACUUGUAAAAUACUAGAGUGAGUUAACUGACUCUUUCUGGUGGGUGAAAUUGGGACUUGCUAUGAAUUUGGGGCAGGCAGAUCUUUGCUUAGAGUUUUGCUUGAAGAAAGAACUGAAAUGGUCUUAAAAAUAAGCACAGCAAAGAUAAGCUCUGGACUUUAAAUAUGUCAAAUGAAAAUGCAAACAAUUUCUCCUUGUCUCUUGUUUGGAAAAAUUGAAUUUCCGGGAACCUGUUGCAACUGCAAGCAUGAUAUGUGAUAUCAUAAAAAUAAGAUUAUCAGUUAUAAGGCUGGCGACCUUAUCAAGCCCUUCAGGGUUUGCAAUGUGCAGAUUUUCACAAAUGUGACUGUCAGAUUGUUAUUGACACUUGUGAAUUUAUCCUGAUUACAGCCUGUUUCAGGAAAUCAUGACACCCUUUUCCUUCCUCUUGAGUUGUGCAUUGCAGAGAACUCCGAAGAGAGAGUGGUCUCUUGCUUUGUGCCAAGUGGGACAGAUGAAGUCCUCUGGCCUGUGCAGAGGGCUUUGGGGAAGGGUCAUCUUAUCAGAAUAUGCAAACACUUGGAAGCAGCAAGAAUCCAAGCCUUUCCAUCAUCUUGCACAGCUGUCUAUUUUUUCUCCCCAAGUCCACAAUUAGUGGCGGACUAUGAAAUCUAGCCAAAACGUGUGAACAUACUCUACCCACACUGUCGAACCAUCUGUCAUUAUUGUGGUGAUGACCAAACUGUGGCUAAUACUGGUUGUUUCAUGUGUAUAUGAGCUGUGCAGGUAUCAUGGUGUGUAGGGGGAACAUUGAAAUGGAGCAGUGCAGACCACAAAGCUUGCAUUUUGCUCAUACUUACUGUCAGAUAUGAAGAAUAUGGAACGGAUGGUGGCAGCAUGUGGCAGUGGAGAAAGUGAUUUAGAUGCCAGUGAUUGGCUGUGGGUGGGAUCAGGGGGUGCUUUGACGUAUGAGCACGCAUAGGCAAACUCGGCCCUCCAGAUGUUUUGAGACUACAAUUCCCAUCAUCCUUGAUCACUGGUCCUGUUAGCUAGGGAUGAUGGGAGUUGUAGUCCCGAAUCAUCUGGAGGGCCGAGUUUGCCUAUGCCUGGCUUUGAGGAUAAGAAAGUGGCAUGUACUAGGGAGCAGUGGUCCCACUGGAAAAUAAAUUAAGGGUGAAAGGUUGACACUGAGAUGGCAAGCUCUGUUCAUACAUUAGCCCUUCCCAAAUACUGAUUUCAAGUUACCUGGUAAACAUUUUUAGAAUUGUAGCCUUCAAAUUCUAAUUUCAAACUCCAAUUUCACUUAAUUGUAGUCUCCAGGUACUGAUAAAAACAGAAGUCUUUUUUAAAAAGUUCUGAAUAGAGAACAGUAAUGAAAGAUUAUUUUUACCUGUUUUUAAGAAGUAAGUCUUAUGCCUAUGAAAAAGGGUGCCUUUAACAGCUGCAUGACAAAAUUGUAAAAGGAGGAUCUUUCCUGGAACACAGGUGCAGUGAUGAAAAGCUCCACCUGUUGAAACUGUAACCUUGCAGUUAUUAAAAGUACAGAGUCUUUAUGACCUUUAACACAGAGAAAAUAUGACAAUCACAGUUACCAGGUUGUAUUAUAAAUGGCAUGAGAAGAUGGUUCAACAAAACAGAUGACGACAACAACAAAACAAAGAGUCAGUUGACACACUUUGGGUUCAGUGCUGCAAGUUAGGUUAUAAAGCAGGGGUGGGAGGGGAUGGUCAUCUGAAGUGGUCAUGACAUCAGAUGAUUGUCAAGUUGGUGCCUCCACCCACAGUCAAAAUUGGCCCACGGCUUGGAGUGAGAUAAAAAUUAAGAACUGGCCCAUCUGCCCAAAAAGAUUAUCCACCCAUGCUAGAAGUGAACCUUUCACAGAGGAGGUGGUAGUGUUGUAGCAAAAAUAAAAACAUGGAGAACAAUGAGGAUUAAACAUGCUUUGAAAUGGGUGGAAAUCCACCCAUACACUACAUCAUGUUUAUUUGUAUGAGACCUGGAAUAACUAUCUAGACAGCUUUGUUAGGGGUGGCAUACAAAUGUUUUUAAUAUUAAAUGCAAAUAUAUUUGCAUGCUAACGAACAUGCUAGUGAAGCAGUUUAUAUUUUAGUCCUUUUGGGUUCAAAUAUGUGAAGACCCUGAAUUGUCUUAGAGAUUGUAACCUCUUCACCUAGAAGGCAGCCCGCAAUGGCAAUAACUAGCACAAAGGGUUGAAUGAAUCAUUAGCUGCAGCUGGGGAGGUCGUUCCUGAAAUCUCAGGUUGGGAUACUAUUUUGGUAGCAGGUGAGGCUGUUUUCUGUUAUCUGAAACUCAUCCAUGCUGAUUUCUCUCCCCUCAGGCAGAAUACACCAAGUAAUUUAUAAAGGCAGGCUUUGGCCUCUUUGCUGACACACCACUUUAGUAUCUUCUGCUUAAAUCUUGGAAAAACUAUUAUGAAUGGCUGAACAGAGGUCAAAUGGACCAAGUAGUUAUAGGCAGAGAAAAUACAGCAUGUGCUCAUAAACCAUUUAGUGCAUUCUGCCAGAAUUCCAGCCAAUGGACAAGAGAAGAGGUUAGGAAUUGUACUUCACCAGCUUUCAGGGCAGUUUUCUGGAUGGGAAGGAUUUCCCACCCUGUGAUAUGGCCUAGGAGCUUAUUUGGUGGAGAGGUGAGAGUUUUUUGACAGGUAGGUAACUUGAGAUUGAAAAUGGUAGGUGCAAGAUACAGAAACUGUAUCUUCUUGUGUUCUCCCCAAGCAAAAAUUGCAAUUAGUUUUUUUGGGGUGCAGUCCCAACACAUCUGUCGGAUGCCUCCAUCCCCCAUCCCAUUUUAUUAGACAAUGUGCCUGUAGAUAGAUAAUUUUUAUUAUGGCUAUGAUUUUAAAGUGUAUUUUUAUUAUUGUGAUAGUUUAGACCAUUUUAUGUAAACUACUUUGUUUUUUAUAUCUGUGAUGCUGCUGCUGUAUCCCAGCCCAUGUUACACCAUUGCACCAUUUUGAAAGAUUCACUGAAACCGUGAAUGAGCAUAGUUUCUCAUGCUAAACUUACUAUGUGUACUUCUCUGAAGUGCCUUAUUAUGACUUACUAACUCGAAUCCAGGGAUAGAAUGAUUUCAUUGGCAUAUUUGGUCACCUGUUGAAAAAGGACUGUUCCUGGGUAUAGAAACGUGCUUGGGCAAUUUGUAUUCUUGCUGAAGAGUAAAGUUAAAUAAAUGCCACGUUAAAUAAAAAGUUCUAGAAGCAGCAAAGCAGUUCCUAUAAAAGUCUGAAAGUUUGAUUUUAUUAUAUCAAUCUCUAAUGAUGGUUCCACUAAUAUGAGCAUUAUUUUUAAAGUAGAGUGAGUGUUGCAUGCCGUGAUGUUGGUUUUUCAGAAAACCUUGAGUUGGAAACCUUCCUUGAAAAAUGUUCAGUGCCUUAAAUAGAGCAUAGUUAACAUGUGCAUUUUGUAUUUAGUAAACAAAGCUAAAUAGUUUGUCUGAGAUGUUAUUACAAUAUAUGUAUUUGAUUUAUUUUACCUCCUAUUUACAAAUCAUUAUAAUAUAUAUGUAUUCUCUCACACUUUAUUGGGAUAGGAAACUAAGAACAUUAAUUUCAACUUUGAAACUUCGGCAAUGCACAAUAGUGUCAUCCAUUCAUUGAUGCUAAUUAAUGUUAUCUAAUUAGAUAGCUUCCAGUUAGAACCUUCCUUGUGACUCGGCAAAAUGUUUUUUCAGUAGUUAUCAUAUUGUGCGAAAGUUACUAAUUCAGCUGAGACUCCGAUUGCACCUGUAGCAGUUGGUAAGCAAUCAGGCCUCUCCCCUUGAACAGGUGGCCAGACUUAAUGACAACUCUUAAUCUAUAAUACAAGUUGCUAGAAACAUCACGAGGGGAGAGAGUGCUCUUGUGCUCAGGACCUCCUUGAAUCUUGCCCAUAGGCACAUGGUUGGCCACUGUGAGAACAGGACGCUGGACUAGAUUCAGCAUUUUCCUGAUCCAGAAGGCUCUUACAUUCCUAACAAGCCUAUUGUACUUCAAGCAGAGUCGUUAGGAAGGUGGAAGUCGCCUCCAUUUUUUGAUUGGCUAACGAGACAGGUGAUACUAGAAAUGGAGUUUCUAAUACCUGAUUGGGCCAAAUGACAACCCAUCUUAGGAAUGGAGGCCAGUUUUUACUGGUCUCAGACUCCUUUAAAUACGUAAGGCUUUUCCUUCUGCUUUUGGAUUCCUGAUAAGAUUUCCCAGGAAGACAGAAAAUGUGCAGGCUGUCAAACCCAAGCCUGUUCAAGCAAGCAACAAAUAACUAGCUAGGUUAGAUUGACUUGAUUUGGUUUUAUUUGCAAUUCUGGGUGUGUGGUUGUUGUCUUCUCUUUUCCUUUCCUGUUAUACGCUAAUAAAAUUUGUUAUAUGUUAACAUUUGCAUUCAUUGUUUAAAAAGGCAAUUUUCUGGAAUUUCUUAUUAAAACCUUUCAUGCAGGUACUAAGAUAGUACAGCUAAGCUUUAGGUGGUGGUGGUGUUGUUUGUUCUGAAGAGAUUUCACAAUGUUUUGCGGGAAUUUUAGCUUUCGGAAAGUAAAUCCAAAGCUUCCCUCUUAGUUUUUUCCUAGAACUGGAAUGGGGGGGGGUGUGGAUCUUGAGAAAUAGGUCUCAUAAACACCUUUAGACAGACUAGGGUGUGUGGCACGAGGUGCUUCAUUCUCCCUGGCAGUAACCUAUCCUAAUUCUUUGGGGGAGAGGUGGGGGCCAUUAUACAAAAAAUGUGUUUACCGGUAAGGCAAGCUCCCCCUUCUCCAAUCCAUCACAAUGCUAUUCAGAGGACGGUAUAUGCUAUCUAAAUAAUAAUAAUAAUAGUAAUAAUUUUUAUUUAAUUUGUAUCCCGCCCUCCCCGGCCAAAGCUGGGCUCAGAACGGCUAACAACAGGUAAAAAUAGCAGAAUGUACAUAAAAUCGCACAGUCAGUUAAUUAAAAUGCAUUCUAGAAUCAAUUCAGAAUCGAAUUAAUGUCAACCAUCGGGUUAGAGUUCUAUGAGGAUUACAGAAGGAGGGGGUCAGACUGUGCCUUGGCCAAAGGCCUGGCAGAACAGCUCCGUCUUGCAGGCCCUGCAGAAAGAUAUCAAGUCCCGGAGGGCACUAGUCUCUUGUGACAGACCAUUCCACCAGAUUGGGGCCACGGCCAAAAAAGCCCUGGCUCUAAAGCUACAAAGUAUGGCAUAACAUUCUACCUGUGUUGUGAUUCCAAAGUACGAUUAUUUUAUGAUGAAGAUACAUUUUGGAAUAUGAAGGUGAGCAAGCAGCUUGAAACUUCAUUUCUCAGCUACUGUCUGCUGUAACAACACAUUUACAGGGUUCUGAAUAGAAUAUAACAUCACCUGUGUUCCACUAGACGUGGGAUUAGCUAGGAAAAUCCUCAAAUUGGCAUUUAGAAGAAAAACAAAUAAAUCACCCCAAAAUUCCUUGCCACAAAAUCCAGAAGUCUUCACAGCAGAAUUUUUAGUUUUCUAGAUUUGACAUUUAGGUUAUGUGCUGAAGAAAGGAAAGACGGCAUUCAUUGCAUGAUGAUACAUCAGUCUCAGACUAGAAUUUAAGGUCUCAGAUAAUAUGUGGUUCUGUUGCAAGGUCUCUUGCUCUCUCUCUUGCUGUUACUAGUAAUUCACAACUCAAAAUUAUUGCACUGAUAUACUUGUGCCAUAGUUAUAAUUGUUAUAUGAAUUGUAAACAGCCCUGUGAUCCUCCAAUGAAGGGUGGUAUAGAAAUGUAAUAAAUAAAAUAAAUAUUAAUGGCUGUUUUAUGUUUAAAAACUGGGUCAUUGCGACCUACUUUUGCUUAAGUUUACAUGGUGGGGUGUUGAAUCCAAUAACGUGAAAUUCUUUAGCAGGCACUGAAAAUACAAUAGUGAAGGUGCCUGUCUGAUAUGCAGUGGAGGGAAUUCCAAAGGGCAGGUCCUGUAACACUAAAAAGUCCCAGUUCUGACAUGGUACAGAACGGAUUGCCUGAUAGGAUGCAAUCUGCAGGAUGUCCUCUCCUGCAGAGUACAGCAAUCAGUUGAGUAUUUGGGAUUGAGGUGAUCUUGUAGGUCUUUUACUAGAAAAGGGAAUGAAGACAUUAAAAAAAAACUUGCAAAUGAUACAAUGCUUAAUAACGUCUACCAGGUAUUUUUUGGGUGGGUUGGGUUGAUCUUUCUGAAGACUGCAGAUAGGGAGGAAGGGGUGAAUUCUCCCUCUCCAACUGCAGUCUCCAGGAAGAUCAUCGCCCCUACUGAAAACAGGUUUUAAAAACUCGUUUAUGGGAGCUAAUGUAAGGUAUUUGGAAGUCUAAUUGCAGCAGUGGGGGCUGAUCAUGACUGGGGAGGAAAGAUUUAAAGUGAAAGUGUUCCUCCUCCAUUGCAGUUAUGUUUGAAAGAAUUACCGUACAUUAUAGCCAGAUGACUUUCCCCAAGCCUAAUUGUGGUGCAGAGACCUUGGAGGGGGAGGGGUCACAGCAAGAGAAUGGUUGGCUGGUCCUGUCCCAGUUGAGACUUAAUGCCUACCUCCCCCCCCCCCCCAUGCCACUAUUGGACUUGACAGAAGCCUUCUGUUGGCACCACUAGAUUUUUUUGUCAGGAGGGAGGAAGCCCCAGGAUCCUCUUGGGGUGCCAGGGAAUGUCUUGAUGCGCAUCUGUGGGGUCACUUUGGUGAUCCCCCUUAGGCCAUUUAGAGCUGGUUAAAGAAGAAGAGUAUUUCAGCUCUCACUUGCUCCUUGGCAUAUCAAAUGAUUGUCUGUGAUCUGGUGUGGCUUGCCACUUUCCUUUUGAGUUGGUAUAAUAUUUAGCUGAAGAAGUGCUAGAAAUCCAGCGGUGGGAGGGAAUAACAUUUCUGAAUGCUUAUCUCCUCCCAGAGAGAUAAUUUCUUAUAAAUACAUGGAAAAGGCUCUCAGAGAGUUAGAAGUGCAGUGGCUCGUACACAACACUUGCAAGAAAAGAGCUUAACCAACAACUCUGUAUGCAGGAAUUGGGUGGGGGGACAUGGCCUUGUGAAUGUUAGCAGUUGCUGCAUUGAAGGGUAGAGGAGUUAGCACACUGUCCUCUGGAUCAUGCUGCAAGUGAGUAGAGGCAGGAAUGGACUAGUGAGAGAGAAAGCAAGUUAAACCCUUAUCUCUUUCUCACACACACCCCUCUCCCAAUCUCAUUGUUCAGUGAAGUGCAGGUUUGAACUCUGGACCCUUAUUGGAGCAUAGUGGUGUCCUCACCUUCAGCGUUUCUGCUUGUUGUGUCUUUGCCAGUUUAUUUGGCUUUGUUUGUAUCUUGUUUUGAAUAGUUUUCAAUACCUUGAGUUCUUUGAGGGAGAAUGCUAUUUUUGCAUUGACUCCUGACAGAAGAUGGGUGCCUAGUUCUGGAAUGGGUGAGUGAAGUGAGGCAAUGUACUUCCCUAGUUGUGGUGCUGGAAGAAACUUUACUUGUUUAACUUUUCAGUGAUUUUGUUUUUAAAGACAAAGGAGGUGGUGGCCUUCAGUGCCAUCUAGUUGUCAGCCCUGCGGGCAGUAUCUUGCCAUACUGAAGCUAGAUAUGCCAUCUAAAUAUGUAUAUUUUAAACGGGAAAUUUUUGCUUUGUGCCUAACAAAACUUGUGAUGAGAUCAUUUUUGCAUGUUUCAACUAACCUCACCUGAUAUUCUUUGUUGUAUUAGAUGGGCUGGUGAUCCCGCUGGUGGAGUUGUCAGCAAAACAGGUGGCAUUUCACAUUCCAUUUGAAGUGGUUGAGAAAGUCUACCCACCUGUGCCCGAACAACUGCAGCUUCGUAUUGCCUUUUGGAGCUUUCCAGAAAAUGAAGAGGACAUCAGGUAAUGCCAUUCAGAAUUCUCUUCGUGUUUCUUUUCUGUUUAAAGUUAACUUUAUCUUCGAUGCAGCAUCAGUGAAAUAGGGAAUUUCAAGUAGCCAUAUUGGCCCAUUAGGGUAAAAUCUAUAAAUGUAUGAGAGUAAUAUCUAUUGAUUAGAAUCAGUUAAAAAUGUUACAAAGAGGGAGUAAGCUUUUAUGUUUUCACGAUCACGUCAUCAGGUUGUAUGCUAAUAAAAAAAUGAUACUGUGUUGCGUCCACACUGUGGAUGUUAGUGAAAGGACUUCUGGCUUCCCUCUCUUUUUUCCACAUGUCCCCAAAAUCUGUCCUGGGGGUUCCAUCUGGGGCAGAUUUGGGGAGGGCAUGCGGUGCACACAGGGAGAGGAGAAGGAGGAGAACUUCGACUGGGCAAACAGAAAUCUUUGCACUACUUUGUUGGAUCCUGCCCAUUAGAUUGUUCCCAGCUGCAUAAUGGAAAUGGUCCUGGGCCAUUCCCUACAAUAUGAAGACCAUUGAUCCAGAAUGCAGUGCUCUUUGUCUCAUCUGAAGUACAUUUUAACAACAGAAUGAUUUGUUUUCCUAGGCUGUACUCCUGCUUGGCAAAUGGCAGUGCAGAUGAGUUCCAGAGAGGCGAGCAACUUUUCCGAAUGAGGGCUGUUAAAGAUCCACUGCAGAUAGGUAUUUACAUCUACCUUAUGUUGGUACUGAGAAGAACUGAAAUCUUAUCCCAGAUACAAAUCCUACCUUGAAGGCUUGGGAGAGAAGGGUUCCUGAGUUGGGAUGACAUGGUUAGGUCCUGCCUUGGCCUGUACCAUUGAGCUCUCAUCCAGAAGGCCUGAUUGGGGGGAUGGACCCAGAUAAAGAUUCCUUUAUCCAGAUCUGAUCCACAAAGAUAUAAAAAAGUGGCUCAGCAGACCCAGUUUCAGUUUGAUGGAGUCCUGGAAACACUGCUGGUUUCAGCUGGUGAUUUUUGCUAGGACUACUAAAUUAGUUCUAGAAUUUAUAGACUUUUUUGCUUGCUAUGUAGUAAUCCCAAAAACAGAGAGCAGUAUGACUGGAACAUUUAUGGUAUGUGCUCACCAGCAACAUCUGGUUGUGUUCCUUUAGUUAUGGUAUACUUUCCCCCACCUUCAUGAUUAACUUUAUGCCACAGUUAUAAGACAUGCAAUAAGAGGCUUAAUGUUUGUUUCUUGGGAAUUUUAGGUAUGGGUUGGACAGCGUAAUCCACUGCAAGACAAAAGGUUCACAUGUUGACUCUGAGUUUAUUAGGAAGCCUUAGCCUUGGUUAAUGCAGCAGGUCUAUUGAGAGAAUGAAUGUGUUUACAAUUUUAAAGUGCAAUUUAAUGGUUGUUAAUAGAAAGGAAAUGAAUCUAAACUCUGUUUAAUGGGGGGUUAUGUAGUCCAGGCACAAAUCUUUGCUACUGAACAUUCCUAUGUUGAAAGCCUAUUCUCAUUAAAUUGAAGUGACAAUUGAUCUUUGAAAUAAAUUACGGCUGCCAAAAUAAGACAUUUUAGAUUUUGAUUGGAGCAAGAAGAAGGAAAGGUGUAGUUCAACACUAACAGACCAAUUAUUUUAACUAUGUAUGUAAUAUUUUUUUUUAUGCUGAAUGCUAUAUCACCAUGCUUCGGUGUCAGACAAUAACCUUUGGCCUGUUUUCCCAACAGGUUUCCAUCUGAGUGCCACAGUGGUACCUCCCCAGAUGGUACCGCCAAAAGGAGCAUACAAUGUGGCAGUGAUGUUUGACAGAUGCAGGAUCACCUCAUGCAGCUGCACUUGUGGAGCUGGGGCCAAAUGGUGUGCCCAUGUUGUAGCCCUCUGCCUUUUCCGGAUACACAAUGUAGGCCUUGAAUUAUGACUAUUGUUCUAUUUCAUAGGUAACCAAGUACGGGGAAUAUUUAUUGAUAGCCAUAAAAUUAAAGUGUUCAGUAACUGCAAGUCCCCCCCCCUUCUUUUCAGUCCUUUAUACUAACAUCUGUGAAGCUGCAUUGAGUGGAACAUACUUGAAGUGAGGACAUUAGCCCAUAUUCACUAAUCUGAACAGGGUUUUCUUGUGUGUGUGUUUCUUUGUGGCUGAUUAGCUGCUCUCCCUGUGCAAAGGUCAGAGGGGGCAGGGUUUCUGUUGAGGCAGGUGAUUAGCUGUGGGAGGAGCUUAUCAGAGCUUGCAGGGCAGCGGCAGUUUGAUCCAUCUUUUUGUGGGGGGAGUUAUUUGUCCUGUCUUCAUGCUUUUUAUGAUGGAGGACCGCUGUAGCCACCUCCAACGACACGUUCUCAAGAUGGAGGGGGAGGGAACAGCUGCAGUCGCCUGCGGUUCCUGCGCUAUGUUUGCCAUCUUGCCAAAGGUUGCAGGCAGCUUUACCUGCAGCAAUUGCAUGUUGAUUGCCCUCUUAAAAGACAAAGUCCAGCAACUGGAGGAACGUGUAGCUACGCUCCAAAGAAUUAGAGAGCUGGAGCUCUUCUUGGAAGCAACAGAGCACACCGUCUCCACCAAGGAGGAGACAGGGGACUCCCUGAGAAGGAGGCUAGUUCACCAACACAGGAGCCAGAUAUAUGGAGAAACGUGACUCAAAGAAGUAGGAGGCCCAGGGUUCGCUCUGAUUGUUUAGAAAUACACAAUCGCUUUGAGGUCCUCUCCCUAGCAUGGAAGACGAAGAGCAGACUCCAUUUGAGGAUCUCUCCCUCAUUACAGUCAAUCAGGUAUAUGAAGACGAGCAGCAAAGUCAGUCCUCAGGGAAUGUGCAGGCGACCUUGGAAUGGACAGCUCACGGAAGAACCCCGACCAAACCUAAGAGGAGGCGUGUAGUGGUGAUAGGGGAUUCCCUACUGAGGGGAACAGAAGCAGUGAUCUGUGGGCCUGACAAGAUGUCUCGGGAAGUGUGCUGUCUCCCGGGGCUAAGAUCCAAGAUGUAACUGAACGACUGCAAGGAAUCAUAAAACCCACUGACAAAUACCCCUUCCUCUUGGUUCAUGUGGGAACCAAUGACACUGCAAGCAAUAGCCUCCAGAAGAUCAAAAGAGACUAUGAGGCUCUGGGCAGGAAAUUGAAGCAAUUAAAUGCACAAAUUGUCAUCUCAUCUGUCCUCCCAGUUGAACGACGUGGCCCAGGGAGAGGGAAAAAUAGUGGAAGUGAACAGCUGGCUUCGCAAAUGGUGUAAACAGGAACGGUUUGGAUUCUUAGAUCACGGACUGCAGUUUCCUGAAGAUGGACUUCUGGCAAGCGAUGGGCUGCACCUCACAACGGUUGGGAGGAAUGUUUUUGCCAAAAAUCUCAGAAACCUCAUCAGGAGGGCUUUAAACUGACUAAUGUGGGGGAGGGAGACAGUGCUGCUGAAGGUAGGAGUCUAUCAAUUGAUGAAGAUGAUCAUCCAAAUGUCAUAGACCAAAUGGAGCAAACAGCACGCAGAUCUAGUGGUGGGAGGAAAAAAUCCUUAAAUAAGAGACACGUGGGAAUGAUUAAUGGACUUCAGUGUCUGUACACUAAUGCGCAAAGCAUGGGAAAUAAACAAGAUGAGCUUGAGCUCUUGGUACAGCAAACUAAAUAUGACAUAAUAGGCAUCACUGAAACCUGGUGGGAUAAGUCCCACGAUUGGAAUGUAAUAAUGGAGGGAUACAAUCUAUUUCAGAGAGACAGACCAGACAAGAAAGGAGGAGGAGUGGCGUUAUAUGUCAGGGAUGUGUAUACCUGUGAAGAGAUCCAAGAUUUAGAACCUCAAAGCCAAAGUGAGAGCAUUUGGGUCAAAAUUAAGGGAGAGAAGAAUAACAGUGACCUCAUUGUGGGAGUUUACUAUAGAUCCCCAAGCCAAACGGAGGACAUAGAUGAUGCCUUCCUGGAACAGAUGGCCAAGCAUGCAAAAAGGAAGGGAGAUAGUAGUAAUGGGGGACUUCAAUUACCCGGAUAUUUGUUGGAUGUCAAACUCAGCCAAGAGCAUAAGGUCAAACAGAUUCCUCACUGGCCUUGCAGACAACUUCAUUGUCCAGAAAGUGGGAGAAGUAACAAGAGGAACAGCCAUUUUAGAUCUGGUCCUAACCAAUGUUGAUGACCUGGUUAGUGGGGCAGAAGUGGAAGGAUCAUUAGGCACGAGUGAUCAUGCUCUUCUGAAGUUUACUAUACAGCGGAAAAGAGCAGCCAAGCAUACUAGGACUCAAUUUCUUGACUUUAAGAAAGCCGACUUCAUAAAACUUAGGGAAGUGCUGGGUGAGAUCCCAUGGACAGUAAUACUAAAAGGAAAGGGAGUUCAUGAUGGUUGGGAGUUUGUUAAGAGGGAGAUAGUAAAAGCACAACGUCAGGCAAUACCAAUGAGACGGAAACAUGGAAGGUGCCUAAAGAAGCCAGGGUGGCUAUCUAAAGAACUUUUAACUCAGUUAAGAUUAAAAAAGGAUGUGUACAAAAAAUGGAAAAGGGGGGAAACCACCAAAGAGGAAUUCAAACAAAGAGCCAGCACGUGUAGACACAAAGUCAGAAAAGCUAAAGCACAGAAUGAACUCAGGCUUGCUAGAGAGGUUAAAAGCAACAAAAAGGUUUUUAUGGGUAUGUUCGUAGCAAAAGGAAGAACAAAGAAACAGUGGGGUCACUCAGAGGAGAAGAUGGUGAAAUGCAAACAGGGGACACAGAAAGGGCUGAACUCCUCAAUGCCUUCUUUGCCUCAGUCUUCUCCGAUAAAGAAAACAAUGCCCGACCUGAAGAAUUUGGAGCAAAUGAUUCAGCAAAGGAAACACAGCCCAGAAUAACUAAGGAGAUAGUACAAGAAUACUUGGCUAGUUUAGAUGUAUUCAAGUCUCCAGGGCCAGAUGAACUGCAUCCAAGAGUAUUAAAAGAACUGGCAGAUGUGAUCUCAGAACCACUGGCAGUCAUCUUUGAGAAUUCCUGGAGAACAGGCGAAGUCCCGGCGGACUGGAGGAGGGCAAAUGUUGUCCCUAUUUUCAAAAAGGGGAAAAGAGAGGACCCAAAUAAUUACCGCCCAGUCAGUCUGACAUCAAUACCAGGGAAGAUUCUGGAGCAGAUCAUUAAGCAAACAGUCUGUGAGCACCUAGAAAGGAAUGCUGUGAUCACCAAUAGUCAGCAUGGAUUUCUGAAAAAUAAGUCAUGUCAGACUAACCUGAUCUCGUUUUUUGACAGAAUUACAAGCCUGGUAGAUGAAGGGAACGCAGUGGAUGUAGCCUACCUUGAUUUCAGCAAGGCAUUUGACAAGGUGCCCCAUGAUAUUCUUGUAAAGAAGCUGGUAAAAUGCGGUCUUGACUAUGCUACCACUCAGUGGAUUUGUAACUGGCUGACUGACCGAACCCAAAGGGUGCUCAUCAAUGGUUCCUCUUCAUCCUGGAGAAGAGUGACUAGUGGGGUGCCACAGGGUUCUGUCUUGGGCCCGGUCUUAUUCAACAUCUUUAUCAACGACUUGGAUGAUGGACUCAAGGGCAUCCUGAUCAAAUUUGCAGAUGACACCAAAUUGGGAUGGGUGGCUAACACCCCAGAGGACAGGAUCACGCUUCAAAACGACCUUGACAGACUAGAGAACUGGGCAAAAACAAACAAGAUGAAUUUUAAGAGGGAGAAAUGUAAAGUAUUGCACUUGGGCAAAAAAAAUGAGAGGCACAAAUACAAGAUGGGAGACACCUGGCUUGAGAGCAGUACAUGUGAAAAGGAUCUAGGAGUCUUGGUUGACCACAAACUUGACAUGAGCCAACUGUGUGAUGCGGCAGCUAAAAAAGCCAAUGCAAUUCUGGGCUGCAUCAAUAGGAGUAUAGCAUCUAGAUCAAGGGAAGUAAUAGUGCCACUGUAUUCUGCUCUGGUCAGACCUCACCUGGAGUACUGUGUCCAGUUCUGGGCACCACAGUUCAAGAAGGACACUGACAAACUGGAACGUGUCCAGAGGAGGGCAACCAAAAUGGUCAAAGGCCUGGAAACGAUGCCUUAUGAGGAACGGCUAAGGGAGCUGGGCAUGUUUAGCCUGGAGAAGAGGAGGUUAAGGGGUGAUAUGAUAGCCAUGUUCAAGUAUAUAAAAGGAUGUCGCAUAGAGGAGGGAGAAAGGUUGUUUUCUGCUGCUCCAGAGAAGCGGACACGGAGCAAUGGAUGCAAACUACAAGAAAGAAGAUUCCACCUAAACAUUAGGAAGAACUUCCUGACAGUAAGAGCUGUUCGACAGUGGAAUUUGCUGCCAAGGAGUGUGGUGGAGUCUCCUUCUUUGGAGGUCUUUAAGCAGAGGCUUGACAGCCAUAUGUCAGGAGUGCUCUGAUGGUGUUUCCUGCUUGGCAGGGGGUUGGACUCGAUGGCCCUUGUGGUCUCUUCCAACUCUAUGAUUCUAUGAUUCUACUAAGUAGUGUUUAACAUAUAUAUUGUAAGAAACAACUGGCUGUACAAGCUGAAAGGAUCAGUGCUACAUGUUUGCCUAAAUGGCUGGAUGCUUCAAAAUUGAUUACCAGAAUAUGCAAAUGGACUUUGAUGUGUCCAAUGGUCUACAAUAGACAGUAGUAAGGAAGGUGGUUAUGCUAGUUCACACAGCAUUGAAUGCAACCCUAUGCAUUAGUAGUGUUGAAUUGCUGCAAUGGAAAAUUGAAUCUAUGUAUCAAAAUUCUGUAAGCAAAAAUCAAAUGGAUGUACUUAAAAACACCACCACCACCACCAAAUCAAUUCUGCUUUUGUACAAUGCCAGCAGUAUGUUUUGCACUCUGCAAAAAUAAAUGAAUGAAAUGUAUUUUGAUUCUUUCAGUGAAGCAAUUCCCCCCCCAUUGGAAAGAAAAAUAUUUAAGCACAUUUAUCAACAUGUGGUCAAGAUACUGUACAUUGUACAAAUUGAGGAUCUAGUCCUACAGUUCAGCAUAAUCUCUCCCCCUGAUGAGUUGUUGACAUGCUUAGAAUCAAAUGCGGGAUUUAAAUGUUGAUGGUUGAAAGGAAACAAUGAUUAGGUAUGGUUUGCUUACCCAUAGUUUAUGAAGUAGACAAUAGACAAACCAUAAUUUUACUUAGUUUAAUCUGAGAGGUAAUAUUGUAUAUGAACCCCCUACAAAAGCACUGCCAAUGUCCGCCUCCAAACAUAUUCUGCUGGUAGUCAACAUAAUGAAGCUUGAGAAUAAUCAGUGAGUUUUCUGUCCCCCUUGAAGGAUUAGUUGCAAGAAGUCUGGAGUCCCCUGCAUGUCAGAAAUUGGUUAGUGGUGCUGCUUCUGCUAAUUGUAGACAGGGUGGGAAAAUUGAGAUGUUAAAUUCAGAAGGAAAUGUAUGCAUGAAAUAGGCUCUUUAUGAUGAAUGUAUUUUGAUGCAGAACUAAAUUUUCCAGAGUGGUUUAGAGAGCCUGUAUGAUAAAGGAAUAGGCUAUAAGUUGUAAUGAAAUGAAUAUAACCAUGUAAGGUGGAGUAAACAAAGGUUGCUUUUUGGUCAUUGGAAGUUCUAAUUGUUGCCUAGUUCCCUAAUAAAGCAAAUGUAUAUAUUUUGAACAGAAUCUGCAAUACGUAUUGUUCUUAUUUGAAGCGAUAUCCUUCUGAAAUACCGCACUUUGUUCUGAUAAACUUGAUAGAUUGUUUAUGAAACGUCUUCUAUUUGCAGCUUUAUUUAAUUUGGGGUGGGGAGGUGAUGUUUAGCAGUAAGACUUUGUUAAAAGCAAGGCUCUCAGUGUUCUGCCUUUUCUACCUUAGGCAUCUGCAGUGUGCUUGCGAGCACCUGUCUCAGAAUCCCUGUCUCGACUGCAGAGAGAUCAGCUGCAGAAAUUUGCACAGUACCUCAUCAGUGAACUUCCCCAGCAGGUAUGAUCUCCAAAGCACAUUGUACUCAAAUCAUACAAAUGGAUUCACUUCUAUUUAGUCCUGCUUCCCAAAUUGUGUGUUUAGUAGCCUUGAAAACAAGACUAAAUGCUUUUACUAGCCCAUGUUUUUUAGAUAUUGUUGUACAGGUUGACCUGUGGUAUUUGGGUUCAUAGAUAGCUGUUUUCACUACAAUACUGCUUUUCCUUUCUUUGUAUCUAGUUCAUAAAUGGUAUUGUGAUAACGUCUUUCCUCAAGAAUCUGUUCUUCUUUUCCAAGAAUGGGCAUUGCCAUGAGAGCAAACUACUUUAUUAAAUAAAAGUAACGGCAUGAAUAAAUUGAAAUACCAUUUAUGUACUUGUAUAUUUAAAACAUUUUAAUGCUUCCCUUCAUCUAUUCCUGGUGGUUUAUCAACUUAAAACAGAAGCAUAUUAAAGCAGCAAGUAAAUAGUACAGCCAUAAGGCUAUGCUUCAUGCAAUAGCAUGGAGAAUAAACAUCUCAUGCUUUUCCCUUUCCAUCAUCCAUGUCCCAAUAUCUGCUGGAUUCUCUGCAUGUAUGCCAAAUCAGGCUGAGUCCAAGACUUGACUACUCUCUCAUAAAAAGCUUGAAGAAUUGAAUGAAUCUGUACUGAAAUUGUUUUUAGAAUAUUUUGUUUUAUCACAAUUGUGUUUGCAGCCCUGGGCUCCUUUGGGAGGAAGGGCAGGAUAUAAAUUAACUAGAUAAAAAUAAUACAUGAAUUGGGCCCUCUUGUGAUGGGGCAUCCUACCUUGUUUCAUGGGGCCUGACCCACAUUGAAUGUCAUCUGCCUAGUGGAAGGGAGCAACUUGCACCAUAUUGUUUCCUUGUCACCCCUGGCUGACAGUAUAUACAAAGCUAAGAGGCAAUCCCAUGUUAAGGCAGUAGGCUCUCAUGAUCAGCAUUUGGGAACAAGGACCUUCUCAAAAGCAGCCUAGCUCAGUGGAGUGAUAGACAGGUGUCUGUGCAGACAUAGCCAUUCCUCAGACAUUUGUUUUUAUGCACUGAGUAGUCUGCUGUGAUGGCAAGCUCUCAUACUCCCUACCACUCCCUAUCACUUUGAUGCUUGUAAAGCACAGCUGUGGUAAAAAGAGCAGCUAGUCAAAUUACAUAAUUUGGAUUUCAACUGUGGGGUCCUUUUGUGGGUAGGGAAGAGCCUUAUUGUAAAUUCUGCCAGAAGGAAUAGCAUGAAUAGCUAUACGAAGAUCAGGUGAUUUUUAAUGGGCAGGCUCAUAUGGGGGAGGUGAACCUUAAGAGAUGAGGUCUAGAGUUAAUACAGAAGUCAAUAAUAGCACAUCCAAUUGAACUUGGAAUUUAACUGGCAGCUAGUGGAGUUUUCAGAAUACUGCUUUCAUGAUCCCUCCACCACAUAUCAGUCAGGAAGUGGACUGCUGUAUUGUGCAUUAGCUGAAGUUUCUGAAUGCUUUUAAAAGGCAACCGUGUUUAGAGUGUGUUGCAGUAGUUUUAUGGUCUUGGUCCCAGGGCCCUUCCUAAUGGGUUUUAUUUUUCUGUGUGGUACAUGUUGAGCUAUUACUCAUUUUUGCAGAAAAUCCUGCUGUCUUUUCUUGUGUUAGUUGUGUGCAUCUAGCAUUCCCCCCCCCCAAUUUUUUUUUAAAACUGCUUCCUUUGGCUAGUGUGUUUAUACCAGAACAUGUGGUAUGCAGAUUUUGAGUGAAUAGAAGCAUGAAAGGCAUGUGCUAACUAGGACUGGGUUCAAGUGUAGUGUGCAAUUAUCUUUCAAAAAGCUUUUUUAAAAAAAUGUAUUUACCUUUUAGCAAGAUUUUCAGGGUAGCUAACAACAGAAACCCAGACAUAGCUGCUGUCUGUUAAAAAUAAGAAUGAAAACUGUAGGGUGUGAUGGCAAAAAAUAAAUGAUCCAGCCAAUGCAUGGGAGAAUAAAAAAAAUGUAUUACAUCUGACUCACAGUUAAAGAAGCUGGCAGCUGCUAUGUCCCUAUGAAGAGUAUGCUGCAACUGAGGCACCUCCAUGGAGAAGGCCCUACCUCCAGCUGCCAUUUAGCUCACUUUUGAAAGGAGAAGUACCCAGAGCAGGGCUUCUGAAUUGAAAUGUUUGGUUACUGCAAAUGUGGCUGGCAGAAACACAAUACUGUAAAGUUAAACCAACAUUUCUGUUGCAAUCCUAUGCACUCUUUCACGAGGAGUAAGCUUCAUUGAACAUUGGGCCCUAUAUUCUGAGUAAAUACACAUAGGAUUGUGCUGGAUCAUAGCGUAUUUGGAAUGCUGCUAGUGCUUUUUUUCUGAAAUAAAUGAUGCAGGAAAGAAAAGGCGCACAAGCAGGAGGGACAGGGCAGCUCUGUGAAGGGGCAGAGCAGAUGCUCAGAGAAGCUUCUUCCAUGCACACCUGCUCUGCAAGCUGCCUUGUCCCUUCUGCUUGCAUGUGCAGGAGAGGCAGGGCGGCUUACAGAGCUGAGGCACAGGAAGGCUUCUUCCCGUGGGACAGCUGUUAGCCUGGGAGGCUGAAGAGCCUCAUUAAAGCCCCACUGUGCAUCUCUGGCUCAUGAGAAGACCCUCUCCAGAGCCCAUAGAGCAGUGAUGGCAAACCUUUUAGAGACUGAGUGCCCUAACUGCAACCCGAAACCCACUUAUUUAUCACAAAGUGCCAACACAGCAAUUUAUCCUGAAUACUGAGGUUUUAGUUUAGAAAAACAACAACUCAUACAUUAACAUAUUUUGUCUUAAAAGAAAAACACAAUAACAGAGCAUUCAAUGAUACAUUUUUUUAUUGAAAGGUAUAAGUUUGCAAUAUCCUUGGGAAUUAAUCCCAGACAACAUGGCCGUUUUGAUAAUUUCCCUUCAAGAAACUCUUCUUCGGGAGAUUUCAAAGCAGAAGCCAAAUGGCCAUCUGCCAUGGAUGCUGUAGCAGAGAUCCCUGCAUGGCAGGGGGGUUGGACUUAGAUGACCCUCGGGUUCCCUUCCAACUCCCCACAAUCCUAUGAAAAAAAACCAAAACAGUCUCCUUUGCCCUCCGCUGUGUGUCCCCUAGCAGGGAGGAUCUUUCAGUUACCCAUGACGAUGGGAGAGAGUUUCCCUCAAAAGUUUGCUUCCCGGCCUGACCAAGCAGGCAAAAAGGAAAUCCCGGCAUGAACCCCAGAGACGUGGCGGUUCAGCGCUCCUCAGCCAUCGGUUGCAGCCUGGAAAGAAGGCACCACUAAGUACAGCUUAGGGGCAGCAUGUGCGCUGAGUAGAGCUGUGCAUUCGUGAGUAGCUGGUUUGCCGCCCAUGGACUGCACCUGAAACGUGAAGGUUCCAUUCCGCUGUCUUAAAGCGCCUCUGCGCAGAACUGCCAGUAAGCCCGGCAGCAUUUUGCUCCCUCCUGCAGCCUGGCGGGCUAGCCAUCAAAUCAUAGGAUUGUGGGGAGUUGGAAAGGGCGAUGGCACGCGUGCCCACAGAGAGGGCUCUGAGUGCCCCCUCUGGCAUGCGGGCCAUAGGUUCGCCAGCACUGCCAUAGAGGAUGUCCUUUUUGCGCUCCGGGGAGAGUCUUUUCAUGAGCCAGAGCUGUGGUGUUGGAACUGCGUUCUGAUGCGUUCUGGCUGGGGGAAAAAAGCUCUGGAUACGGCUACUUUAAAAACAACUAGCUGCAAAUAAACACCAGUUUGAAAUCAGAGUGCCUAAAAACUGCAUACACUGCUAAAUGCCCAGGAAAACGGAAACGUACUUAAAAGUUAGUAUAUUUGAUGAAAGGUGAACAUAAAGGAGAGGGGAAUUCCAUAGUUGAAGCACCACUACUGCAGAGACCCUCAAAAGAUAAGGGCAGAGUUGGACCUCACUAGAGUGAGCAAAAAUCAGACUGGUUCAUAUGGAAUGAUGCUGUUCUUCAAAUACCCCAGCUCUAAUGGGUUUAAGCUUUAACAAUUAAAACUGCAGAUUUGAAUUGUGCCCAAAGACAAGCUUGUAGUCUGUAAAAUUAUUUGAGUAUUGCCAGGAUAAGAGCCAUUGUACUUGCUCCACAUCUCAGUCUAGCAACUGUGUUCUGAACCAGUUGAAGUUUCUUUGAAAACCAAGCACUGUUCCUUAAAUUAUGAAUAUUGAUGCAAGCUAAACAAGGAGCUUCUUUUCAUCUUAGAAAUAUAAAUUAUUUCAUACAGUAACUAUCAGCCUUUGCUUCUGACUUACAUAACAAGCAGCAUUAUGCAUUUAAUAAAGUACUAUACCAUGAAAUAUUUUCUAAAAUUAGUAAAAAUAUAAAAUACAUAAAUUAUGCAAAACACAUUUAUCAUGGUAAUUCUCUAGCUACAGAUUGAUAUAUUUAAGUGUUUUGGUGAGCUGGUUUGUAUGCAUUGUUUUGGAAAUAGAUGAAGUACUAGUGAGAAAUUUGAUUUGAUAUCACAUCUUCUGAUAAUUUUUAAAAGAUUAACUCAUAGGAGAGAGUCAGUGUUAAAUGUCUUUCUCACACACAGAUCCUUCCUACUGCUCAGCGCUUGCUGGAUGAGUUGCUCUCUUCUCAGUCCACUGCUAUCAAUACUGUAUGUGGAGCCCCAGGUAACUCUACCAGAAUUCUGUAUGUUAAUAUAAAUAAUAACUUUCAAAUAGGCAAACUUUGGUUUUGAAAUGCUAGGGCGUUGUGCUCUGUGAUUGGUAAGGGGGAGGGCAGCACAGUCAAAAGAAUAAACAGAGAAUCCUCUUGACCUGUUGGCUUAUGAGUGGUGAGAAAUGAAACAUUAUUUUCUUAGGGUUUCUUUUAAUCCACCAUGUGGUACCACUGGGAUGAGAGUACAGUUUUGUUUGAGCUUUCAUAAAUAUCUUUGGAAUGAAGCUCAGGUGUACUCUUUCACCUGCCACUCUGGGUAAAUGGGGAAGAUAAACCACUUACAGAAACAUAUGCAAAAAUGUAUCUAUUUUUUUCUUAAGAUCCCACUGCCGGUCCCUCUGCCUCAGAUCAAAGCACCUGGUACUUGGACGAAUCUACAUUAAGCGACAACAUAAAGAAAACCCUUCACAAAUUUUGUGGUCCAUCUCCUGUUGUCUUUAGGUAAAUUCUCUUUUUCCUUUUUCCUUCACAACUUGCGGUGGUUCACCAAGCCAAACACAACCUCAUGCCUUCUAUCAUAGCCUGCCAGGUGCUUGACAUGCCCCGCCCCCCCCAUUUUUGCAGACUGAGUCAGGCAGUGAAAAUAGAUGGUUUGUCAAGCUCUGGCUGACAGCCAUAAAUGGCUAAUAGGCUAUACUUGAACAAAUUAGUUUAAAUUGUGUGGGCACACCUUUUGGUUAUGAUUUCUCUGAAGGUGGUCUGAAUCUAUAUUUUGUGGUUGCUCUAAGUUAUAAAUGUCAGUAUUUGUAUUGCUUUGCCCUGUGUGUUUAACCAAGAAUUUGUCUAGUCAGGACAGCAAACCAUCGGCUAUUGAUGGAAUACAAUGACAGCUUUUUUCAGAGACUAGUUUCUAGUGCAGUGGUGGGGAACGUCCAGUCUCUGAGCCUAAUUAGCCCUAAUUAGGUCAUUUCUCCCAAACCACACCCAUUUGCCCAAUACCCAACAUCAUAUGUGAUUCUAGGGUAAAGGUGGAUCUGGAAUCAGCUGUGUUCCCCAUGGAUAGUGCAUUUUCAAAGGGGCUGCUCACAGUGCCCAUCAUUUGAUCAGCGCUGAGAGGAACUCCUUCAAAGGUGAUUUGUCACCUGACUGGCAGUGAUUGUGCACCUUCAAAUGAGUUGAUGUCAAAGUGGGUUAGGGCUUUGUUUUCCAUCAAGAUUCGAUGCAUCAUUUCUGGCUGCAUGUUUGUCUGAAUGCUCUUCCAUACAAGCAAGUUUAGUGCAUAGAAAAAGGACAGAACUCUUCUCCUUAUAGCAAGCUGUAUAUCAAGUAUCUUCUCCCUACAUCUCUAUAUAUUUAUAUUUAUAUAUAUGUAUAUGCACAUGUACAGCCCAGUCUUCACAAUGCAGUUUCAAGGUGAGUUAUGUGCAGCUUAAAAAAACAAACAGGCCACAUAUUGUAUAACAACACUAAGCCAUCAAAUAGACAAUAUUGGCAAGCAAAACCAGCAGCAACACUGUGGAACAGAACAAGUGAUACUCUGAACUCAUCCUCUGCCACCAAAGCCUGUGGGGCAGGCACACCUCAUAAGAAGGGGCACAACCUGUGGACCACCACAGAGAAGGUCUUCUCAUGAACCUCUUACCCUUGAACUUCACAGGGCUGCAGAAUUGCCACCAGACCCUAACACAUGGGCAGGUCUAUAUGUGAGGAGGUGCUCCUUUGGAUAUUUGGGCCCAUGCUGCUUAGGGCUUUAUAUGUCAGUGUUGUUGACAUCUGUCUCAGGAGACAGUGGAAGCAUUUGCCUUCAGAGGUGAAGUCAAACUGUUGGAGAUUUACAGCGCCUGCUGUGGCUUUCGAGAUCAAGACAAGAGAGACAAGUUUUGUUGCAGCUGGGGAAGAUGAAAGUGUCCAGUUGUGCUGAUGCAAGUGUACCAUGGCGUUUCUUCUUUCUGUGCUCCUCCUCUGGUCACUGCUGCGGAUGCAUGACCUGACUGAUGGUCUUCAGAUGCAGUGGUCAUCUGCAUGGGACACACACAACCAGUGCAACCAUAAUAUUUGCCUGGAUAGUAGUUCUCAUCAGUACCCUGGCCAAUGCAUUCUGUACAUGUCUUCCACUAAAUGGAUGGAUAGAUUGCCCUAUACUUCCUUUGGUGCCAGGCAAAAAAGUUCCUCUUAACCAGGCCUUUGGCUGAUUAACAUCCAAACCCUUUUAAAUGUGUAUGGGGUGGGGUAGGGAGGGGGGGAUAUUGAUUUUUUCUUGUUCUCAUUAUGUAUUUUGUGUUUUUUAUCUAGUAUUUUUAUGUUGUGAACUGUCCUGAGAUCUAUGGAGCAUAUAAAUUUAAUAAAUAAUAAUAGUUUGUAUCAUGCCAUUCAAGUUUCUACUUAAAACUGGUUUGGUGGCUCCUUCUACAUUGCACUAGGGCUCCAUCUUUUUGGGAGAGGGGGUGGAUGGUGAAGAAGCUGGCUUAUCUGCGACUUUGCUCCUAAGUGAUCAAUCAGUGCUUUGCUUGCCUUUUAUUCCGCCCCAGCAUUACACUGUAGAAGAGAACCCUCAGGGGGCUUGCAAUUUGAUAUCCAGUUUUCUUUCCUCCUCCUACAUACUGUUACAAUGGAGAGGGUAUCCUCUGAGUACUCUUGGACAAAACCACAUCAGGAGAAAGCCUUGAGCCCUUGUUGAAGCUCCCAACUCCAGCACAGGCCCUGGUUGAAGAUGGAGAGCAGCCCGUGGCACUCCCCAGUGAGUCAGGAAAACAGAACUCCAGCUGAGACAGUUCAUCAGUCCAGAUGCGUACUGCUGCUCCGCAAAUGGCUUCAAAUGGGGAAUUCUCUUCAUUUCUCUAGGUAUUAAUGUAAUUGCCUCUGGGAUACCAUGGACUACGGUUCACCUGCCCAUCUUCAUCUUACCAUAAGGAGCCUAUGGGUAAUACAAGGCUUCACAAGAUGGAUGCUUGCCUUUGCCUUUUAGAAAAAACUGUUUUCACAUCCAUUUAACAGAGGGAUGGUAGAGAAUUUUAUUUCCAGCUCCAGUGAGUAGUUCAGGGCAUUCAUGAUUUCUCUCUUUUUGUCUUGAGUCAUCAAAAAGAACACAGGAAUAGACAUGGCUGAGACCUACUGAGGAGUUUAAUGCAGGAGGCACCAAUUGGUUGGUUUGAAUGCUGAUCACCAAUAUACUGAAUCAAGUUUGCUCUCUGAAUCUUUUGGAGAUGGAAAGUAAACACCUUGGUGUUUGUUUUCUGCUUCUGCAUUCCUGAUGAUCUAGACUAAGGUCCUGGAAAUGCUCCAGCUGCAGAUUCCUAUGAUAAAUCCCUGAUAGAAUUCAAGUUCAUGGCAUGGCUCCUACGACCCAGAAGACAAUGCUCUUGGUCCUUUAUUUUGGAGAUGUUCAGUCAACACAUUGGUCAUGGACUGACAAGGUACAUCUCACAACCAAAGCACUGGAAUAUAUUCAUUCUUUCUCAUUUGAUUCCAAGGAGUAGAUGUUUCCUAAUUUUGAGGCAACAGCAUCUGUAACCAGCGAUUCCUGUCUGAUUCCAGAGGGAAUCAGCCUUGAGACUAGACUGCUAGAAGGACUGAGGUUGUGUUUAGGAGAUCUUUAAUGGCUGCUGCUGUGUUUCUAUGCUCCAGGAUGGCCCUCGCAUGGCUGAAAUGGCAACACUGGAAACAAAAACCCAAGAGCAGCUCAAAUUUGUAGUUAAUUGUACAGCAGCACCUCCUACCCUGCUUGAUGGCAUUGUUUAUGUGCUGCGAUAUGCAGCUAGGAUCACAGCAUCCACAGUUUCAACCAGUGGCUCUGGUUCUAACUGUGGGGAGAAUAACUGACUACCAAGUCUGUCUUUACGUAAGUUUGAAGGUGACUGAGCAGGAGGGACAAGUGAUAAAUUGAAAAGGAUCCAGAAAAUGCUCCUGCAACUCACACUAAAAUUUCCAACGAGUUCAGUGUCCAGAUGGCCUUCCAUACCCAGGUAGUGGGCUGUGUGGAAAAUUUUGUCCCCAUGUAGGAUCUGGCUACAUCAGACAGUUGGGUAUAGGAGAUGGUUCAUCUCGAGUCCUGGCUGGUGCUGGCAGGGAUAUCACAACUAUCUUUUUUGUCUUUCCUGUGCCACAGCCUUGGCAAAGUGAAAGUUUGUGUGAGAGAUCAUCCAGAAGCUGCUGAAGGCUUGGUUUAUUGAACUUGUGCCCUACCUACAAAAGUGUCUGCUCUCUCCUUGUUCAUGUGCUCAAGAAAAAAAUGGAGAGGGAAAGGCCAACCUGAAACCGAAAAGUCAGGUUUUGCUGGAUACUCGGGCCUCCAUUUUAAUGACAGUGGGCCCAGGUGAGUUCCUGACAUGCAUAAACCUCAAAAGAUCGCGCCCCAGUGAAUUUUGCAUAGCAGAUUAUUUGCUUUGCUUCAUAGGAAACCUCAUUUUCAGUGCUUCACACUGACCUUGCUAUAGCUUUCUGUACAAGAACCUUCACCAAGCUACUAGUGGUAAGCACUGCAGACCUUGGACUUUGGGGAGCUGAAGCUCAUCCUUAUCUUAGCAACAUUCUUAUCAGUGUCUGGAUGUAGAAAGAACCAGAGGUACAUGGCAUUAGUAAUAGCCUCCCUAUGGAGUUAUCUCUUCUCUUCUUUCAUGAUGGAGAGCCUGGUGUAAUUAUAGAGACUACGCAAGCUGCAGUUUUCCAGAACAUUUGCUAGCCUUUCAAGUGAUGGGCAUACUGGCUCAUCUUUUUGGGCAGCUUGAAUGGAUCUGGUGUCUUGAGGUUGGCCCGUUUCUGACCACUGCAGCUUUAUCAUGCAGUCACAUCAAGGAUUCGUUAUGACUGUAGGUGGUUAUACAAUUCCAGUGUCUCCAGUCUUUAAGCCAUCCCUGGUUGCUACAGAACUACUGCUUCUUUUGCUGUCAGAUCCACAUCUAGAAAAGUGAUUCUAAUGCCAGCUUGAUGGUCUGGGCACAUGUUGUGAUAAUGAUGUAGCUCAUAAAGCCAGCUUCAUCAUUAAUGAGCAAACAGCAAUCUUCCUGGCUUGUCUCUACUUUCAGCACAAGCAUCAAGCGGCCCAUGUCAUCAUACAGACACAACAUGCCAACCGUGUUGUGCCUGAACAAACAGAAGUGAAUCACAUCUCCUGUCUUGUGCAGAGGACUGUGUCUCAUUCUGGGCCCUUCACCUCAAAGGAAAGGAUAAUAUGCAGGCAGAACUUGGAUCCAGAGGAAUAGAGCCUUCAUGCUCAUGUCUUUGACCUCACAUUUUACUGCCCUCCUAUGGGAUCUUCUUGCAUUCUCAUCACAACGCAGAAAUCAAACUUCUUUUCAUGAAGCAAAGAUUCUUGAUGGGUUUUUGUCUUUCCCCUACUUGUGAGAGUUCUUGUCAGUAUCUGGAUGGAAUGGGCUUAAGUCCUCUUCGUCCCCCCCCCCAUGACUGAGAUGCCCUCUCCUAUCAGGCUAGUAGCUUGUGUAUCCUGCUCAGUUAGUGGUGGCCUUUGUUAUUCAAAACCACUCCUCUUCAUUUCUAGGCAGAGAGAAAGGGUAAGUAGACUUGGAUUACUCAGCUAUAUAGAGUUGGACACCCUACAGCGAGGAGGGAUUUCACUCUUUGGGUACUUGGACAUUGUUUUGUUUAUGAGGCCAGGACAAGGGACUUGGUCUCUUGGCAGCUCCAUUCCCUGCUGUUCUAGUUUUUCUCCAAGGUUGGCUUAAUUUAAGGGUUAAAUCUAACAUCCUCUGUGUACUUGGAUGGCUGCUUUAAGCUCCCUCAUAUCUUUAGUCAACAGGUGUCUCCCAUUCCAUGUGUAAAGCAUUUUCUUAGAGUGGCCUUGCAUCCUGCCCUCCAGUGGUUCAUCAAGCAAAUUUCUGAACCCUUGAGAGUCAUCCCCCUUUCUUCAUUUCUCAAUAUUGUAUUCCUUGUUGCCAUUACAGUACUUCACUAUUCAUGUUCCCUUACAUUCACAGAUAACUUGGGAUUCUGCAUUUUACAUGAAGGUAGCUUCACCCUUCUUGUGUCCUUAAAGUCAUUUGUAGUUCCCACUGCGAGCAAAAACCUCUUUCGCCCUAAACAUCUUGAGAGAAAAAGGGGUGUUUCCCAAACGUUGGACAAGCCCUUAAUCUUUUGGCACAGAAUUACUUGUUUUUGUUUAAUAAUAUGUAUAUAUGGCUUAAGUAACGAAAAUCUCUAAAUGGCUUACAUGAAACAAUGUAAAAUAUACGUAAUAAAAAAGUGAUAAAAUCAAACUUUAAAAACAAGUAGACAUAUAUUUUUUUUAAUGAAAAUAUAGGUUAAAUCAACCAUUAAAUAAUACAGAAUAAAAUUCAAUGUCUGGGUGGGCUUGCCUAAACCUAAAAGAUUUUAGUAGGCAUCAAAAACAAUAUAGCGAAGGUGCCUGCCUAAUACUAAUAUGCUGGGAGUUCCAGAGGGUUGGUGCUGUGACACAGAAGGAUCAAUUCAUGAGCAGAACAAACAUUAUGUGCUAGUUGUAAACAUGCCAGUUUCACAGCUCAAGGCACUCAAGUGGGUACAUACGGGGAAGUUGAUCCUUCAAGAAAUGGUGUACGUCCUUUGUCAAUUACUGGGUUUAGGGGAGAGAUGGAAUGACCCCCAAAGAACAAAGCCAACUUCUAAAGGCCUUGGACGAAUCACCACCUGUUGGAAUUGUAGCACACUUGCUUAGAGGAGCCGUUACUUCCUUGACUUUCAUACAGGAAGAAGGUAUACUGUUUUGUCUCACACACUGACUCUAGACACUCUGACAGCAGUGUUUUUGCAUCUGAGUGGCCACCAUUGAUUGAAGGCUGCUUCCGUGCUUUCACCAACCUUGUGUUCAAACAGCAAAUAUCGCUCCCUUGUGCAAUUGGGGCUCAGUUCUAUUAAUCCCUCGUGUCUGGACUGCUGAAUGGUGACAAGUAUAGUAGGAAGAACUGAGAAUUUGCUUACCUGUGAAUUCCUCUUCUGUGUGUUUUGAUGCAGCGGACUGAAACCACAAUCUUUUGACAAAUAAAAGAUUGAACUCAGUUUAUUCCAAUGGUUUCCAAAAGGAGUUCUAGCAAACUCUGGAAAUGUAUCAGGAGUCCUUAAAUGAAGAGAUAAUUGUAUAUAUAGUGUCUUACCAGCACUGCAGCUUACCCAUCUCUUAACGAUCCUUUCCAGAAAUGUGUAGCCAUGUUAGAUUAUUUUGUUGUUCUAGGACAUACUGAUGGAUUUACUGGAGACAUAUGAGACCUAACAGCAUUUGUGGUCAGAUGACUAAAGCGCAGGAUUGACAGAUUAAUAUGUUUCAGUUAUCUUUGAUGGAUUCUUUGUGUAACGUAGGCAAAUUUUUCACCCAAGAAAGCCAUUUACAGCCAUAGUCCAAGUAACUGAGCCUAAUACACAACCUUGUCCAGCUUGUUCAGGUUUGCCUUUUACUCAUCAGCAUCAACACAGCUGUGUCAAACAAUAUUUUAUUUUUAGUUGGAAUUUUUUUACUGUGAAAUGAUGUAACUUGUAAUAAGGGUGCUGCAAAAUUGAGAGUGUUGGACCUGGUAGAUAUGAGUUCUUGUAUAAGCUGUAGAUGUGAUGACUGGCCUCUAGUGUACAUCUCUGUCGUUCAUUUGCAAAAAUGGGAGUAAUAGUGCUAGGUCUCUCAUUAUUGGGCUGAAGGCUGGAGAUGAUGAAGGCUAUAAAAUAACUUUUCCACCUUUAGAGUUACAGCAACAGCUAUUCUGCUUCUCUGUGUUACCUUGACUUUUUCUCCUAACCUCUAUCUUGUCAAAUUUCACAGUGAUGUGAACUCUAUGUACCUUUCGUCCACGGAGCCCCCAGCUGCCGCCGAAUGGGCCUGUCUCUUGCGUCCUCUGAGGGGGAGGGAGCCGGAGGGCAUCUGGAACUUACUUUCUAUUGUUCGGGAGAUGUUCAAGAGACGGGACACCAAUGCAGCCCCUCUGCUAGAAAUUCUAACAGACCAGUGCCUGACCUACGAACAGGUACUAUUAUAUAUAUUAUUUAAGGCAUUUAUACCAUGACUUGUGAAGAAUUCUGAGGACAGUCCACAAAAGUGAUUUGAUUCACAGUGCGUUGGGGAGGGGAAGGGCGUGAUGACAAUGUAGUAAGCCUUGGGGGAUAUUGAGGUAUCAAGACUUCUUGACCCAGCUGUGAACAUCCUGCAGAAAAGCAGUGCAGUAUUAUUUUUAGGGCAGAUACUUUUUAGUAAGGCAAAGGUGUACUUCCCUUGAUGUCUGUUAAGCGUGGAAUUAUGUGUCUUGACAUGUCUGCAUCCUCUCUCUACAGAUAACCGGCUGGUGGUACAGUGUAAGGACAUCUGCAUCCCAUAGCAGUGCAAGUGGGCACACUGGUCGUAGCAACGGCCAGUCAGAAGUGGCUGCUCAUGCUUGUGCAAGCAUGUGCGAUGAGAUGGUGGUUCUCUGGAGGCUUGCUGUCUUGGAUCCGACCAUCAGCCCUCAUCGGUAGGUAGUGGGAUCAGACCUUAAUGAAGCUGUAAAAUGUGCCAUCUUGACAACCAGCCCAUUAAUGGAUCUAUAUCUUCUGCGUUUGAAAUAUUUAGGUUUGAAGUAGUUACAGAUCCAAAACAUGCAGAGGGUGGAGGGAAGAUUGCCAUCAAAACUCCCAUACUGUGUUCCCAUUGUAUCCUGUGCUUCUUUGGCCUUGUACAGCUUCAUAACCCUCUAUACUUCUGAUACAUAGUGAUGGUGGAUGGUGUUUGCUUAUCAUACUGUUGGGUUUUGCUACCAAGAAAAGAAGAUUAUAUUAAAGCAUGAAAGAGGGAUCAAUUUGUGGUACUUGUUAAAAGCUUGCUUGGAGACCUCUGAAUACCAUAUUAGCAAAGGAUGGAUGCAGACACUGUUUACAACCCUCAGAGUUACUUCAGUGGGAAUGAGAGCACAUGCGUUGCCAGCAUUUUCUUUAUUAAAAUAUCUGACGUAGCAGGGGUGGGAAAGGCCCCUGUCUGAAUCUUUGGAGAGUUAUUUUGAGGCAGAGUAAACACUAUUAAGCAAGGUUGUCAAAUGGUCUGUCUAUGUACAGUGGUACCUCGGGUUACAUAUGCUUCACGUUACAUACGCUUCAGGUUACAGACUCCGCUAACCCAGAAAUAGUGCUUCAGGUUAAGAACUUUGCUUCGGGAUGAUUACAGAAAUCGUGCUCCGGUGGCGCGGCGGCAGCAGGAGGUCCCAUUAGCUAAAGUGGUGCUUCAGGUUAAGAAGGGGCCUCCGGAACGAAUUAAGUACUUAACCCGAGGUACCACUGUAUAAGACAGCUUUAUAUGUUCGUGAUCAUCUGAGGCUUAAUGCUGUCUAAUAUAAAUGCAGUCAAGAGUAUUAAGAAGUCUGAAUUGGCUGCGUAACUCCUCAUCACAGCUUAGUGAUAAAAGUAACAAAGGAAAGUUUGUAAGGAGGAUCUGAAUUUAGUACAGUGGUACCUCCGGUUACGAACUUAAUUUGUUCCGGAGGUCCGUUCUUAAGCCGAAACUGUUCUUAAUUUUGCUAAUGGGGCCUCCUGCUGCUGGCGCACGACUUCCACUUGCAUCCUGGGGCAAAGUUUGCAACUAGGGGCAUCCACUUCCUGGUUAGCGGAGCUCGUUACCCGAAGCAUUCGUAAGGAGGACGGUACAUAACCCGAGGUUCCACUGUAUGUCCGAUGGGGCGCAAACAAUAAAUCUGGAAAUCUUGCUUUGUAGCUCCUCUGUGCCACUUACAUGUUCCUUCUCCCCUGUGAUGCUAGGCGGAGAGAUUUGUGCACACAGCUGAGGCAGUGGCAAUUGAAGGUAAUAGACAACGUCAAAAGGGGACAGCACAAAAAAUCCCUCGAGAAACUGUUCCAGGGGUUCAAGCCAGCUGUGGAAGCUUGUUACUUCAACUGGGAGGAGGCCUAUCCAAUUCCAGGCAUCACGUACAGCAAUGCUGACAAGAAGAACUCCUUUUGUUGGGUAAAGGCCAUCCAGCAGCGAAACUGCCGACCGCAGUGUGGAGAAACCAUCUGUGAGGCGGGGAGAGCUCAUGGUCUGGAUGUUUCAGGGACGUGCUUGCAGCUAGGGGAUCGGUCACGCCCUGCCUCUCAGGAGCCCGCUGUGCGCCCCAAAGAACUCAUUGGGAAGCGGAAAGUUGUGUCUGAAGGUCCCCAGCGGGUUCUGAGAAGACUUUCAGCCGAAGGCGAUAAAGCUGCAUACAAGACGGCUGUGAACAAGGGCGGCAAGCUUCCAGUGGGAAAGACCUUGGCCAGCAAACAUAGCGGGAAGCGUCGCAUGAGUAGCGAGGACAGCUCUCUGGAACCGGACUUGGCCGAGUUGGCUUUAGAUGACAGCAGUUUGGCCCUUGGUGCCGAGGCUAGCAACACGUUCAGCUUCACAGACAGCCCGUUGAGCAGAAGUUACAGGGAUACCUUUGAGGAUGAUGGUGGGGUAUAUUUCUCAGAGGCAACUGAGCCCACCCUCAGGAGUAGUCCAUCCAGCAAGAAGAACCCAAAGGACCCAGUGGGGGAAGUGGGUAGUGGAGACGAUGACAUUCCUUGCCCCGAUGAAAGUACUGGUGGGGUGAGUUUGAAGCCCAAGGAAGUGGGGGAGAAUGGUGCUGCUGGAGGAGGAGGAGGAGAAGAGGAGGAAGAUGACUACCAGGUGUACUAUCUGAAUCCCCAGGAGGUUGCUAAGGAAGAGGAUGACAAGGCUGAGGGAGGGGUAGAAGAAGAACAAGACAUAUUUGCUGGGAUAAAGCCCUUGGAGCAGGAAAACCGCAUGGAGGUAAGGGGAGCAUGUGUGUAAAAUCACCUACAAAAAUCUGUCUGUCUAGGCUCCUGCAAAUGUAUACAAGUUCAGGGAAGUUCCAAAGCUCACCUCCUGCUUACAGUCAAGGGAUAAGAUCUAUAAAGCCAAGAGGAAAUGUUGUGUGUUGUGUGUUGUGGAUUGUUUCUUCUGUCCCUCCAAAUAAUUGAUUGUAACGGUAUGUUUUGGAAAAGAACAGGAUAUGUUUCAGUCAUAUUUCACAUUUUAACGACGUGUAGCAUUUAUGUAGCAUUUUUUGAGCAACUUUGCAUAUGUUACUCGUUGCAAACAGCUCUGUAAGGUAGCUUAAUGUUAUAGGGAAGACCCCCUGCCUCCUGUCCAGCUGUAGAGCUCACACUUUGUAUGCAGAAAAAAGGUCCUUGUUCCAGUCCCUAGCAUCUCCCUUUAAAGGUGGAUCAUAGGUAGCAGGGCUAGGAAAUACUUCUGACACCGUAGAACUGCUGCAAGGCAGAUUAGGUGGACAGUGCUGCGCUAUGAAGGCCAGUGGUCUUCUAAAUCAGCAGCGUACCUUGUUGUCAUAGUUGCAAAUGUGAGGCUAGAGUAGUGACAUGGUUGCAGCCGCCUAAUGAGGUAGUUGCUGAGGUGGUAUUUAACACAGAAACUUUCUGGCUCAUUGUCUUGGCCAAUAUGCUACAACAACCAUCUAUGCCCGUGGCAGUACCUAUUCCUGAGGUCUUUGGUACUUUGUUAUUUGCAGGAGAUUUUCCUCCCUUAUCGCUCCCUUAUCGCAUAAGAAUGCAACUCAGUGAUGGAAAUAAAAAAUAAAGAAAUAACUCCUAGGCUGAGUCUUGGGCCUUAAAUUGUAUUCUGAAAAGUCAUCCCCGAGGCAGUUUGUUGAGUUUUUACCCAUAAAUCUAAACUCUGUAUUGAUGAUCUGAAAAAGCAAGGACUGGAUCUGUUCUGUUUGCAACCCUUCAUUUACAGAUCCUGUUUGCAUGUGCGGAGGCUCUCUAUGCACAUGGCUACAGCAGUGAAGCCUGUCGCCUCACAGUUGAGCUUGCCAAGGACUUGUUGGCCAACCCUCCUGAUCUCAAAGUGGAACAGCCCCCAACCAAGGUACAGAGCUGCCAUGGGGACUGUUUGAAUGGAAGGGGGAAGUGUAGUAUAAUAGCAGGACAGAAAUGGUUUCUCUUUCAGAGCUGUGCUUUGCUGUGGACAAAUACUGUAUGUAAUAUUGCCCGGAGUCCAUGGCAAUUUUCUUUGACCUCUUUGCCCAGCUCUUUAAAAAAAAAAAAAUCUGUAAAAGUAACUCAGUUCAUAUAAACUGACAUAGUUUGCCUAAGGUGCACUCUUGCUGAAUUUUUCUUUGCUGACAGAGAUUUCAUAAUGACUAGAACCGUGUUAAUUAAAGAGUGUGUUGAAUUCUCAGGAUCCUGAAUUCUGUAACCAGUCCCAUUUGUAUCUAAUCACAAGAUAGACCAAGUGGUCAUAAUUUUAAUGCUUCACACAGUGGAAUUGUUGUUCUAUGCAGAUGAACUCUUGCAGAAAAGCUGAAUGAAUUCAUCAGCUGCAUCAGUUUUGAUUGUGGGAACUAUUGGAUGCAUACUCAUGCCUCAGCUGCUUUUUUAAUGGAGAUGUCCUGUGAAAUCGAGGAGACCAGAUAAAUUUCUAGGGCCACCUGACAAAUUACCAAUUAGCAAGUCACCAGGUUGGGUUCUUAACCAUGAAAUUACUAAUCUCCUAAUUAAGAAUAUGCAACUUUUCAUUAAAAUCAGCCUUCUUAAUGCGGUUUGAAAAGUUCAACAGCACAAUGUAGUUCAGAUCUUUUUAUUAAGUGAGUCAGAAAAUUACAGGUCUGUUACCCCCCCCCCCCCAGUUUAUUCAGGAAAAGGCUAUUAAAGAUCUGUACAGCGGUACCUUGGUUUAAGAAAAGCUUAGUUUAUGAACAACUUGGUUUAAGAACGCUGCAAAUCUGGAAGUAGGUGUUUUGGUUUGUAAACUUUGCCUUGGAAUAAGAACAUGUUUUGUUUCCUGUUGAGUGUGUUCCAUUUGUAAAUUGAGUCCCCCGCUGCUAUGGGAAAGCACGCCUUGGUUGAAGAACGCUUUGGUUUAAGAACAGACUUCUGGAACGGAUUAAGUUCGUAAACCAAGGUACCACUGUAUAAGCAAACAGUCUAGCUGAGGCGGAAUUAGUAGGGCUUCUGCAAAGCAACUAGACAGUACUAGAUGACCAUUUAUGCUGUAUAAUGAUUGAUACAAUGUGAGCUACAACAAAAUUAAAAUGGUGGCACUAGAAAAUGUAAGGGAUAGCACCCUUCACUGCACUGGAAUGCAGAACUUUUUUGGGCCAUAUCAACACCGGAUUCUUCCAUGAAGUUUCUGGAUUAGCAUUUAAAUCAUGAUGCUUAACUUUCCACAUAAACUCAGAUGGGACUUAAAGUGAAACUAACUUAGUCUGUCAGUUUCCCUAUGUUUAAACUGUUUAUCCCACAGGGAAAGAAAAACAAGGUAUCCACUAGCAAGCAGACAUGGAUGGCAACAAACACCUUAUCCAAAGCUGCUUUCCUGCUGACUGUGCUGAGUGAACGGCAGGAAUACCACAAUCUAGCCUUCCAGAUUGGCAUGUUUGCUCUGGAGCUGCAGAGGCCGCCAGCGUCUACCAAGGCUUUGGAGGUAAGUGUGUGCUUAGAUAGACUUUGAUGUGACGUUACAGAAAACCAAGGUCAGGGAGUUUCCUGGUAGCCCGUGGGUAAGAGGCAGCCUUUAACUGUUAGCCACUGUUGCUUGAUCUGGGAAAAUGGAGGCUCAGUGAUGUUCUUUGUGCAUCAUUUAAAGCACUUCUAUGUUACUUUUUUUAUCCAAUGUCUCUGGAGAGAGGCCCUGUGGAUUUGUUUUAUUCCUGGCUUUUGUGUCACACAUAGGUAAAGCUGGCAUAUCAGGAGUCUGAAAUUGUGGCCUUGUUGAAGAAAAUUCCACUUGGCUCUAAUGAGAUGAAGACUAUUCGGGGAAGAGCUGAAGAGCUGAGGGAAGGAACCCUGUGUGAUUACCGCCCUGUCUUGCCUCUUAUGCUGGCCAGCUUCAUAUUUGAUGUCUUAUGCACGCCAGGUAAAGCCCUUCAGAUUUGUCUAAAGAAGAGGAAUCUGUACAUGCCAUAUCUUUGGGAAAGGGUGUAUGAUGACUUGCUUCUCUUCCUAAAUCUUGAGGACAGACUUCUACAGAACAAACUCCAUAGUCCCAUGCCUUUAUAGAAGCCACUUAGCCCUUGUAUGUGUGAGAUCAUCCUGCGCAUCAUGAAUGUGGAUCUCCAGUACUGACCAAACUCUCAUGCAUGAGAGAGCUCUGGAGGCACUUAACUCAGUUGUAUGGGCUGACCUUUUACAACUGACACAUAUAAAUGGAACCUUCAUUUGGGCUGAGCUCUUACUUGAUUAAUCUCAUGGACCACAUAGCUGUCCUGCCCCGUCCAAUGUCCGGAAGCUUCCUUGAACCCUGCAGUUACAUAGCAAGUUCAGGGACUAUGUCCAUAUUCUCAAAACAUACGGCCAGUACUGUCAGUCAAUACUGAACUUCUGCUGCAGGUUUUGCCCAGGUAAACCACCGGAUACAAGAAUAAAUUCCGUAGUUUUCAGGAUGGAAUUUUAAGGACAUAAACACUUCCUUGUGGUGACUGAAGUCCUGUUUCCAGCUUUACUAUACUAGCAGCCUUGCCAAAUUCAUUCAUUCUACUUUGUAACUCCCCCCACCCACCUUUUCCUUUCUAGUCUUUACAAAUAUCAAACCUGUGAUUAGGUGUAGGUGAACUCCUUCAUUGUCUCCCAAGACAAAUGGAUGCCAGCAGAUUAGGUGUCUGAUGCUUUUGUGGCCUUUUAAGAAUACUUGGUUGUGUUAAUUUAAUAAACAGAUUUAUUUUAUAGAAUAGAAUUGAGCAAAAUCCCAAGAUCUCGGUCUUGAUAGAGGUUAGUUUACAUUAGAAAGCAAUGCUUUAGACUAUUACCUUCAUAAUUCUGUGAAAUUUUUACCAGUCUAGGCAAUCCUUGCAUGAUAGAGCUGGCUAUUGAUUUGCCAUCUUUCUUUUUCCCAGUGGUUUCUCCUACAGGAUCUAGACCUCCAAGCCGUAAUUGGAAUAAUGAAAUGCCUGGAGAUGAGGAGCUAGGUUUUGAGGCAGCCGUCGCUGCUCUUGGUGAGUGCUUAGCUUCUCUUUCUUAUGCCAGGCCUCAUCUCUCACUGAUGAAGAGAUGUAACUUUGGUCAUCCUGCCAAGUCAUCUAGAACUUAAUUUUUCUUCUUAGCUUAAUAUGUAAUGGUAAUAAGGAGAAGCCUGAUGCCUCACAGGGAACAGAUGUUGCUAUGGGGAAGCAUAAUUGAUGGUUUAUUACUUAAAUAAAUGGAGAGAUUAUAUAAAACAAGCAGGAUAAAUGUUUGAAUUCUGUACUCUGCCUUCCAGGCAUGAAGACGACAGUGAGUGAAGCAGAGCACCCUCUGUUGUGUGAAGGCACCCGAAGGGAGAAGGGAGAUCUCGCUCUAGCCCUGAUGAUCACUUACAAGGAUGACCAAUCUAAGCUAAAAAAAGUAUGUCCCAUUUGGAGAUUCUCAGACCUUAGGCUGUUUAAUGGUAUCUGAGCAUAGUGCAUUUUUUUGGUUUUCAUCAUGCAUUGUAGUAGUUUCUCUCUCUUUUAAAUUUUAUUUAUGCAUUUUACAUAUCUUAAUACAUCAGUUAUACAAUUGCCAUUGUUUAUCUUACUCUUCGACUUCCGUAGGGUCUUAUUUAGUCCUUUUUAAGCUGCAUCUCCUUUAUUACCACCCUUCUUCUACUUAUUUUAACUGUUGCUCAUAUAUCUAACCCCACUUGGAAGCUUAUCUGAUUGUUAUAUUUCUUUAAAUAUUCGCCAAAGUAUUCCCACUGUUCUUUUAUAUUCGACUCACCUUGAUUUCUUACCUUGGCAGUCAGCAUUGCUAUCUCCACGUAUUCUAUUAGCUUAUUCUGCCAGUCUAUUUUUGGGGGACUAUUUUUGUCCUUCCACCUUUGGGCAUAAAUUAUUUUGGCCACUGUUAUUGCGUAGAGGAAAAGACUAAGUACUUUCUUGGGUAUUUCCGCCUCUACUAUACUCAGUAAGAACAUCUCUGGUUUCUUGGGAAAUGAGACCCUUAACAUCUUUUUUUAUUCUGAGUAUAUCAUCUCCCAAUACUUUUUGGCUUUCUUGCAACCCCACCACAUGUGUAUAAAUGUCCUUUCAAUCUCUUCACAUUUCCAACAUAAAUUGGUUCCCUUUUAAUACAUUUUUACAAGUUCACUAGGGGUGAGAUACCAUCUAUAUAUCAUCUUUUGUAGGUUCAUUUUAAGAGUAUAGCAUGCCGAGAAGUAUAUUGUUAUUUUCCACAAUUUCUCCCAAGAGGCCAUAUCUAUGUUAAGUCCUAUGUCAAUCGUAGUUGUUUCUCAAUGGCACCUGAAGAUAGUGGAUCAAACCGAUUUCCUAAAAGGAUUUUAGAUGUUUAUUCCUGGUAGUGGGUAUGAAUAUGUUUGUAAAAUUAAUAAACAAAAGAGGUUGGGCUAUUCAGUGGUAUGGCAAACCGCUUCCAUCUUCUUCUUGCCAAAAGGACCUUUCUUCUUGCUUCUUUCUGCUUCUCUUGAUUGUAAUAAACUUAAUUCCCCCCUCUGCAGUCUUUGGAGAACUCCCCUGUUCAUAUUUAAUUCCCCAUUCCCACUCUCCUGACAUUUCCUUUGUUUAGAUGCUAACUUUCAUGUUGUUCCACUCUCUGUUUAAAGAUCUUGGAUAAGCUGUUGGACAGGGAGAGCCAAACACACAAGCCUCAGACUCUAAGUUCAUUCUACUCGUCCAGCAAGCCCACAGUAGCCAAUCAGAAGUCUCCUUCCAAACAUGCUACCCAAUCAGCUGCGCCCAUUCAGCACCUCCCAGGAACACCUGUUACGCAACAAGCAGGGGUAACCACUGCUGUCCAGAGCAACACUUCGGAACCCUUUUUGGAAAAGAGCUCUCAAGGUAUGACUUACUGUUCCACAGGAUCACAGCUGUAUUCUAAUUACCCGUGGAAGGAGAAAUGAAAGAAAUGGGCUGCUGUCAGUUUUUUUUUUCAUUUGCCUGUAUAUUUGUUCUAGUCUCAUAGUUUGUCAAGUUCUUCUGCUAUUAUGCAAGUGUGAUGCAGAAUAAAAAAUGAAUGACACCUUCCUUGCCUUCACGGAAUCCGAUUCUAAUUGCAGUGUGCAUUCAUGAUUUCUGUUUUUCUUUUCCAUGUGGGAAAGAGAGGGGAACAGUACUGAAGCCUGUGAUUAUCCACUACUGUCUCCUGUCUGCCAAAGUUGCACCUGCCUAUGAAAUCCUCCUCUUCCUGUUGCUGCUGUUUUAAAUUGCCACUUCUUGUGUUUUCCCAGAUAACCCUCAGAGAUCUCCUUGUGACCCACCUAUGGAACCCAGUGUCUUAAAGCAAGAAGGGAAAGUUCCUAGCCGACUAGCCCUUGGAAAUAGAGGUGGCUACAAUGGGAGGUGCUGGGGUUCCCCAGUCAGACAAAAAAAGAAGCACACAGGUAACUUUGAGCAGGGGACACAUAACUUUCUGCUGUCUCAUUCUGCAUGUUUUACAUUUCUGGAAUCACUUUCAUGCAUGUUAAAUUGUUUGCUCUUUGUUGCACAUUUUGAAUUGAAUUAAUAUGGUGAACUUGUCUGUCUGCUUGUCUGUUAAUAUCCUAAUCUACUGUCACCUCCAGUAUUUCUUACUGAAGCACAAAUCUUCCCUGGUGGGUCAGCACACUCAGUGAGGAAUUCUCUGCUGCCAAAGUGAAGUUGGCCUAGCCCUCUCAUUAGUUACCCCAUAGCUUCAUGGACUGGGGUUUCUAACCAGCUUUUAAUGGUUACUAGGCUUACCUAAAGCAGUUCAGAUUGUUUAAAGGAGGUAAUCAAACUAAUAAAUGCUUAGAUUCUGUUUUAGGUUUAUCGUUAUUCUUUUAGCUCUCUAGUACAGUUCCUCCACUCUGAAUUCAUAUAGAAGAAUAUGUGCCUGUAUAAUUUGUGACCCGGCUUCCAUACUUGUAUCGUAGUAUGUCAAGUGCUUAUUGUACUCCCAAGUGAGUUUUAAUGAGCCCCCAGUGGGUCACUAUGUAAGGCCGCAUUUGGCUUGCUGGGUUGCAAGUUGUGCAGGCUUGGAUUAAGACUGUUACAUUUGCAAAGUAAUUAGUGGUGUGUGUAUAAAGUGGUGGACAGGACUCAUAAUUAAUUAAGCUAUUUUCUUUAUUUCUUUUUAAUUGGGUGGAAAAUAGUGGAUUCUCCCAUUGUUAAAUUCUUUUAAAACAAAAUUUUUAAAUAUUUAACCUAAGAAGUUAAUUUUUUUCAAGAUGCUAUUGGCAUGCACUAACCACAUCUUCCAGAUCUGUCAAUCAUAUUUUUCCUACCGAGAGGACAACAUUUCUUUUUAUCUUGACUUACGCUAUAGAAACAGAAAACAUUUAGCUUCUCUCUCUCUUUUUUUUUCUCCCCUCCCAACAGCGAAGGACAGCAAGCAUAAUGCCAGUAUAAAUAUGUGGCAUGGCUACAUACAGAAUACUGUGUACAGUUCUGGUCACCCCAUCAAAACAAAAAUAGGUAACUGAAAGUUAGAGGCAACCACAUUACUACUCUUUACUAUGCAGAAAGAAUACAAGUUGGCGGUCUUUUAGGUGGGAUUGGGGAAGUAGUUGGGAUGUGACAGUGUUUUAUAAAAUGAUGAGUGGCUGGAAGUGGAAGGUAGACUUCUUUCAACACUAGAGCUUGGGCAUAUUCCUUGAAGAUGAUUUUAAGUAAGUUUAGGACUGCCAAAAUCAAGUAUACAUUAUAUAAUGCAUAAUAGAGCUAAAAGAUGGCCUCUGGUUUAGAUAGCUUUAAAAGGGGGUUAAACAAAGCCUUUAUGAGACACUUUGCCUAAGAAUAUUAGACAUGAUGUUUAAAUGGAAACUGCAGAUUCAGAGGCAGGAUAUACCUGAACAUAAGAGUUGAUAGUGGUCCUUUAGGCCAACUCUCUCCUCGAUGCAGGAAAUCCUGAGCUUAGAGCAUCCUUGCCUUUGCUUAAAGACUCUCAGGGAAUUUUAGCUCUCUCUCACCCCCUCCCCAGCAACUGGUUCCGUUCUUGAACUGCUUGAACUAUCAAGAAGUUUUUCAUCAUCUACCUUCCUCUUGCUUAAGUCCAGUAGAUCUAGUCAUAGCCCUCUCCUGUGUAUUUGGGGAGUGCUAUCAUGGUCCCCACUCAGGCAUCUCUUCUCCAGGCUAAGCGCACCCAGUUUUUCAACCUUUCCUCAUAGAACCUGUUUUCCAUGCUGCUCACCAUUCUUGCUGCCUUCCCCUGCACCAGUUGCAGUUUGCCUAGACCCUUCUUAAAAUGUGGCACCCAGAACUGCACACAGUACAAAUGGUAUUCAGGCAUAGACUCAAGAUUCCAUUUAACUACAUAGGCUUUGUUAAGCCCUACUCCCCCACCCGAAUACCUCACUUUUCGGUGAGAAUAAAGCAGCAGAUGCCUGUUGCUUUUUAUUUCCUCCUUGUGACCAGAGGCAUCUGGCUGACUGCUGAUGGAAAUGUAAUGCUGGAUUUGACAGAUGUUUGCACCAUUCAGCCAACGCAUAAACACUGGCUUACUUUGACUGCAAACCAGCACUUUUGGUUUGUUUCUCUCUAAACAAACCAUGAUGGCAAGCCAAAGUUUGUUCUUCUCUUACUGAUCAUGGUUUGUUUGGGAGAAAUAAACCACGAGUAUCGCUUCAUAAAUUGCAGGGGUGGCCAGCUUGCAAGAGACUGCAAUCUACUCACAGAAUUAAAAACUGGCAGUGAUCUACCCCCAUUUUAUUGGGGUUCAGGUCAAAGCUUUUCUGGGGGAGGGGAAAAGCCCAAUUUUAGGGGAUUUGGGAGGCAUAAUUUGCUUAGCUUUGGGAGGGGGUGCGAAAUGUUUUUACAUUAUUUUGGGGUCAAAGAAGGAUUGCAGGGGGGGGGGAAACAGCCUCGGUUUGUAAACUCCGUCUUCCGUUCUCCAACAAUGGAGGGCGAGGGUACAGGGCUGGAAGGGGGCCAGCGAUUGACUGCGAUCGACCAGUAGAUUGGACAUCCCUGGUAUAUUGCAAUAAGCCAAGGCAGUGGUCUGUUGCUCCAAAUUCAAGGAAGGGCAGAGUGAAGCAGGACCAAUUCAGCAUGCUGCUGUAAAUUCACUUAGAUAACCUGAGGAAAUUUUACUUGUGGCCUGAAAAUGGGCAUUUUCUGCUAUUGCCCCCUCACUGUGGAAUUCCCUUCCCUCAGCCAUACAUGAAGCAUCAUCCAUUAGUUGUUUCAGACACCUUGUGAAGACAUUUCCUUUUUAUCCAUGCUUUUCCUGACCCAACAUGCUGCUUUACUGUUUUUUUAAUUAUACUGCUUCAUAGUUUUAGUGUUGCUUUUGUGUAUUCUUCUUACAGAUUUUUAAAUAUUAGGAGAUUUAAAUAUUAAGUGGAUUUAAGUAGCGUGUCCCCACGGCAGCUUGAAAGCAAACCCAUAUAAAAACGGUGGACAUCAAAUACAAAUAACAGUAGAAAUUACAAAAGAUAUGACAGCAAGUGGGCAGCAAACCAAGAACAAGCUAAAACCAGUAAAAAGAACCUAAAUACUGUUCAAGGCCUAUAAGAAUAAGUCAGGCUUCUCCUGUUGCCUAAAGGUGAAUGAGUUCUUUGGGUGAAUGUGCCUAGGGAGAGUUGCAGAGCCCAAGUACAACUAAAAAAAAAAGUCCUCUCUCAACGUAGGCACCUGCCUAACUUCUGAAGGUGGGAUGACGAAGGGCCUCUGAAGAUUAUCUCAGCUGACAAAAGGGAGAGAACAGUUCUUAACAUGGCCCAGGCUGUUUAAGCUUUAAAGAUUUGUUCUGGCUUACUGAAAAGAUACUCACUUCUACCACAUUUUCAGUAAUCCCCAACACACCUGCAAAAAGUAAGAUAGUAUCCCUCACCUAGUAGGUUCAUGGCUCAUAUAAGUUUGAAUUAGUGACUUCUGAGAGUUUGGUAUAUCAGCUCUCUAGCUUUUCUGGUCAGAUUACAUCUCUAGGUUCUGACUUACUUGAAAUGUUUCAGCUUGUUUUUUGGGAUGGGGUGGGGGGAGAAGAAUGUUCCCUGUUGUAAAACUGUGGUUUUGUGUACUGCCGACCUGCUCACCUGCUGCUGUGCCCUUUGACUGUGGCGUUGCAGGAAUGGCCAGCAUUGACAGCAGUGCUCCAGAAACCACCUCGGACAGUUCUCCAACCCUCAGCAGGCGGCCUCUGCGGGGAGGAUGGGCAGCCACUUCCUGGGGCAGAGGGCAGGACAGCGAUAGCAUCAGUAGCUCUUCCAGCGACUCCCUGGGCUCAUCAUCCUCCAGUGGAAGCAGGAGAGCUAGUGGAGGAGCACGUGCAAAGACGGUGGAGGUCGGCAGGUAAGAGCUGCUGUCUGUUUUCCAAAGUUGAGCAUCUUUUCAGUAUUUGGUCCUCCCAAGGAUGAGAUUGUUGGAUGAAGGGAAGUAUAUUUAAUAAAAUAAAAUAUCUUCAUUAGAAAUAUAUCACAAGCAGGCUUUUCACCCAGACCCUGCAAUCAUAAUCUUUGUGUGCAGGGGGACCAAGGUGAAUAAAAAAGUUUGGGGGGGGGGGCAGCAAUGCCCACCAACUUUGGGAGGUUUGGUCCCCUCAAAUAUUUUCUUGGAGUGGCUGAAUGGAGAUGGGAUCUCCAGGGAGGCUCACCUGGGGCCUUUGUUACAUAUAUUGAGGUCCCUGGUGAAAACGUUCCUCUUCAACUAGGCAUUUGGCUGAUUAACAUUCUAUGGCCUUUUAAAUGUGUUUGAGGGAUGGGGGUUACUGUUUUCAUUUUGGUUUUGUUUUAUUAUGUAUUUUGUGUUCUCGUUUUGUAUUUUUAUGUUCUGAACUGCCUUGUGAUCUUUGGAUGAAGGGUAAUAUAAUAAUAAGUUGGGAGUCUCAAAGGGAGAGCCAGGCAGAAAUAGACCUAGAAAUUCAGCAAGUGAACUCACGAUUACUUUUUAGGCCGCACUCAUUUUGAAAUUAUAAAUUAAACGAGUGCUCCUUUGAUCACUGGGGUCAUAUGACAAGAGCAGAUAGUGAAGUAUUCUCAGUAGUGGCCCAGUUCUUGCAGAGUUUCUUCUCUGGAGAGUCUGCAAAGUCUGAACAUUUUAUCUUUUGGAAAACCCACAAUAUGAUGCCUUAACUGAGCUUCCUUUCUAUGCUGGGUGUGCAAGUUUAGUCUUAAGUUCCCUUCAUACAUAUUUCACUUCGUUCCUUUCAGGUAUAAGGGCAGGCGUCCAGAGAGCCAUGCUCCUCAUGUCCCAAAUCAGCCCUCGGAAGCAGCUGCACAUUUCUAUUUUGAGCUGGCCAAGACAGUUCUCAUCAAGGCGGGUGGAAACAGCAGUACUUCCAUUUUCACCCACCCAUCCUCUAGUGGCGGCCACCAGGGUCCUCAUCGCAACCUCCACCUCUGCGCCUUCGAGAUUGGUCUCUAUGCACUGGGGUUGCACAACUUUGUCUCUCCCAACUGGCUGUCUCGAACCUAUUCCUCCCACGUCUCUUGGAUUACAGGUAGGAACCAGGUUUGGUUUUUAGGAAUCCUUCCCCAGAGGGUGACCUUACUUAGCUACUAACUUUUAAGAACUCAUGGCUAAAUUUGCUAGCACAAUAUGUAUAGUUGAGUUUACAGUUUGGGAAGCCUCUGGGUAAUGCUUGACCAUAGAAUAAUGGUGCCAGAAGGGAUCAGGUUGCCACAGUUGAUUGCUGUUGAUUGACAGCAAGCCUUGCUUGCCAAAGAACAAUCAGGACUGCACUUUAAGCCAGUCAGUGUCUCAUUUGCAGUUGUGUCUCUAACUUCCCCACAACUGACAUCACUGAUGCUGUCAGGUGUGGUGCAGGUGAACAUGGGUUUUGGGGGGGGAAUGGCCUUGUGGGGCAAAUUGGGACCUAUGUGAGACCUAAUUUGGCCAGUGGUUGGAGGUUCCUCACCUCUGUUGAAAAGAGUUACAUUUGUAGCCCUUUAGCAAAUGUCUUCGGUGUCCUCUGCUUUUUGACAGUCACAUGAAAGGAAGUUUCCAAGCGCUACUACAGAACUCAUAGAUUUUAUAUAUAAAUGUAUUAUUUUAUCUGCUGUGGGGUUGAUUAGCCAGAGAGAGACAUGCAGCUUGCCCAGAGCCAUCCCAGGAAACUCAGGAGUAAAAGGCAAUUUAAUCCUGGCUUUCCUGAAUUUGGGUGCAUCAACUUUCUUUUAGGUUUAACUUUGUCUUUAUAUAUAUAUAUAGUGCUUAAUCUCACAAGGAUAUGGGUUUCUCUUACAUCACUAUAUUGUGUUGCCUUCACCCUUCCUCUUCCCUGCUUUUGUUCCCCUUGUCGGCAUUUCGAAAGAGGGUCUUUGUACAUAGGAGCAUGAUCCCUAGUGUGUCCAAGUGUAAAAUAGCUUGCAAUCUUUGUAUUUGUUAUAAGCACUCAAGAGAAAUCCAUAUGUGGCUUUAGCUAGGUAAGAAUGAAAUAUGAAAUAUGAGUUUAGAAGCCUUGAUGGUCCAGCACAAGAGCUUCCAACCUUUCUGUGCCCGGAGACACAUAUGGAGUUUCCACAAAUGGUUGUAGGUGCCACCACAAAAUUGCUGACAUGGAGAGCUUUGCCAGUCACAAAAUGUCUGCUGUGGCUUCUGGGAAGCAGCCGGGUAUCUUGCCGCUUCCUUUUUCCUUUCAAAAUGCUUUCCUGUCUUCCCUCCAGGUUACUCUGCUUUUUGCUUGGGUGGCAAGAUCAGCCUAGCGAGCUAGAGAAUUUGUAAGAGGAAGUAGAAAGGAGCAAUGCUUCACCCACUUCCUCUCUCAGAUCUCUUCAGAUCACUGCAAACAGGAGGAAAAAGACAACUCCUGGUGAAGGGGAGCAAUGGGGGAAGAGGUUUCAUGGGUGUUUGGAGAGGCGUUCAUUGGUGCCAUUGCGCCUAUGGGGCACCACAUUCAGAGCCCAGGGUUCAGUAGGUAGAUGUUUGGCUGAGUACUUGGGAGACCUUUGAGUUCAGAUCCCAGCAAUGGUCUGGGCAAGUCGCAUUUUCAGUUUCCCAGUUGCAAACUUGGAAAUUUGAUGAAGUUGGGAACCUGGGAAGCUGCAAAGGCAAACAAGGUAAAGAUUGUAACUUACUUUGCACAUCAUAAAUAAAUAUUUGCCCCUAUUAAUAGUGUUAAGAUCUGUGUUUCACUCUGUUUACAGAGCUUACAAAACUCAAAUCUAGCAGAGUGCUUGCUUUUCCACUAGUAGCAUAAAGGUAAGCAUCAUAGAUGGGAAAAACUAACAUAGAAGGGAGCUCAGGUAGAACCACUUGCACUACUGCAAAUGGGUUUUUCUUUUUGCAGAGGCAGACUCCUGACAGCUGGAGAACAGAAGUCACCUACAGACUAUUGAGGCUCCUUUAUAUAAGGAGUUUAUUGCUGAAAGGGUCUCUUUUGGUUAGCUUACCAAUGCCAGGAUAUUUAUAUUACCAGCACUGCUUUAUGAGUGCUUGCUGUAGUGACCUUAAUAUACAUCUAAGCUUUAAUUUAUUUGUUGCAGCCUGCGUUUAUUGCAUUGCAUUUCUCUCUAGCCGUAGUGCUUACAACCCCCCACCUCCAUGUAUGUACCUGCCAAUUCAGGAUAUUCCACUCUCAUCCAUGAAAGCCUAUGCCAAAAUACGUGUAUUGAGUCUUGUAGGCACCUGAAUACUUUGUUGUGCAUCCUCUUUUCUCUGGUUUCUAGGGCAAGCCAUGGAGAUUGGCAGUGCAGCCUUGAACAUCCUGGUGGAGUGCUGGGAUGGGCACCUGACACCUCCAGAGGUAGCAUCCCUGGCUGACAGGGCUUCCAGAGCUAGGGAUUCCAACAUGGUGCGAGCAGCCGCUGAGCUGGCAUUGAGCUGCUUGCCACACGCCCACGCCUUGAACCCAAACGAGAUCCAGAGAGCCCUGGUCCAGUGCAAGGAGCAGGUGAGCAGUUCAGAGGUCUCUGUUGAUGCUGUCAGGUGCAAUUGGGUUUGUCUGUUCCUUCUUUUUGCAUUUAGUGUUGCAGUCUUUUAGUGUUUGCAUUUAGUGUUGUCUGAGGUCUUUAAAAUAUUAUAUUAAAAAAACUGGACCCCCAAAAUGCUAGAGAGAUAAAUGUUUUAGAUUUUUAAAGUCAGGAGUUUAUCUCCAAAAGAACAACUUAAAUAACUUCCACUACUAUAAGUUAUUUUGUGGUAUUCCAAAGUAAAAUAAAUUUAUUUUGAUCCACUACAUUUUUUAUAUGGGGGCCCUUAUAUUUUCUCCAUACACUCAUCCAAUAUUUUCUGUAUUAGAAUUUGUCCGUUAAUGAAAUAUGGACCUUACACUUCAAUAUAGGUCUUUCUGCUUUAUAAUGCAGCCAUAUGCACCUAGCUAUUGUAACAGCCUCCUGUGCAUAGGCAUGUGCAGGGAUUUUUCUCGGGGAGGGUGAAAAGUGCAUAUUCCUAAUACAAUGAUAUACAUAUAUAAAUAACUAGCACCAGGGAGCAAGUUUUCCAUUUCUGGUAGAUCUGCUGACUGAAUGGUGAUGAGACCUGGAGAGACCUGGCCUCUUAGAAAUUAGCAGAACAUGUCUUACCCCUCUGUUGCUUUUCAUGCUGUUCAUUGACUUAUUGACUUGGCACCCAGAUGACAUACACUGCCACUGCCACUCACACCUCAAAACCUCAGUCCUUUCAAUUGGCUCUCUGCACCCACUUCAGCCAUUAAUUGCACUGCUUCCACAAUCAACUUCACACACCGCAUUUUGCCCCCCCCCAAAAAAAUCCCCAUUCUAGGAUAAAACACUAGGUUACACUUUAAGGUUGUCAUUCACACACUCACAUGCCAACAAGAUGGGUAUAAUUGGGUUACCUUGCAGGGCUGGUAUGUCAGCCAUCUAGUGAUGUUUUGUACUAAAUCAAAUAAAUAAAUAACACGCUCUUAGCCACAUGGGUAUAAUAAUGAUAGAUUUUAUCUGCAUAGACACCGGCAGGGAUUUUUUUUUAAAAAAAAAUGUUUACAAACUCAGGGGUGAAAUCACUGUUUUUUUGUUUUUUGUUUCUUUGAAAUAAGAUUAGAGAGAAAAAAAAUGAACCUCCAUCUUUGCUGUUAUUUUUUGCUCCUGCUUACCUUUUACCAACUCACAGUUACAGUGAAAUCCCAGAUACCUGAAGGCCAGCAGGAAAGACUUAAAAAGGAACCAGAUCUUUCUAUAUAGACAUAUAUGGGACAUGUCAUUCUACCCUUCUAUUUGUCUGCUUGGUUAGGUCUGCUUUCUUAAAUAUCAGACAGCUAUGACACUCAUUGCUUUCAUUGGCUAAAAACACUGAAAGGCAGGAGCAAGUUAGUUUCCCACAGGAGAGUUCAUGCACAUUCUGCCUUAUAACUUGGGUUCUACAAGUGCUGGAGGGUUUUGUUUUUAAAUAAAAGCUGGAGAUCCAAGAAAUACGACUCCUCCCUGCAGACACCCAUGCUCCUGCAGAUGCCAUCUGGAGAGAUGUGGGUGGCUAUCAAAGAGGGACCCUUCUUGAUAAUAAUAAUAAUAAUAAUAAUUAUAAUAAUAAUAAUAAUAAUAAUAAUAAUAAUUUUUUAUUUAUAUCCCGCCCUCCCCAGCCGAAGCCGGGCUCAGCGCGGUUAACAACAAUAAAACAGUACAACAGUACAACACAACACUCUAAAAUCAUUCAUUAUAAAAUUAAUUCAACUCAGACCAAUGGCAACCAUUGGGCCAGAGCUCCGCGAAGAUUGCCGCAGGAGGGAGUCAGGCUGUGCCCUGGCCAAAGGCCUGGUGGAACAGCUCUGUCUUGCAGGCCCUGCGAAAAGAUGUCAAGUCCCGCAGGGCCCUAGUCUCUUGUGACAGAGUGUUCCACCAGAUCGGAGCCACAGCCGAAAAAGCCCUGUGAUGUGGCAUCACACUUGUGGAAUGCUCUUUCCAGACAGGGUUGGCUGACGCCUGUCUUAAUACCGUUUUUGUCCCAGGCAGAGCCUUCUUUAUUUUAUUUUACCAAGCUCUUUAGGUAGAAUUCUAUAGGGUUGACUGUUUGGUUCAGAGCUAUUAGCUUGAUUGCAAUUACACUUUAAUUGUAAAUUGCAAAGGGCAGUAUAGAACACCUUAAAUCAGCAGUACCUUUCCUAAUAUUACAGGAUAAUCUAAUGCUGGAGAAGGCAUGCUUGGCAGUAGAGGAGGCAGCCAAAGGAGGUGGUGUUUACCCUGAAGUCCUGUUUGAAGUUGCUCACCAGUGGUACUGGUUGUACGAACAAACUGUUGGUGGAACUCUUGCUCAGAGAGAGGGAGCCACAGGCUGCAGUGCAAGUGGAGCCCGGGCGUCCUGCGAAGCGGUGCGUGGACUGGCAGAUACCAGAGUGACGUCAGAACCCACCACAGUGACUGUCGCGGCUGCGGUGACAGCAGCAGCAACGGUGGUGCCUGUAAUUUCGGUGGGGUCGACAAUCUACCAGCAGCACACCAUGGCGGGGCCAGCAAUGGCGCAUGCGCACACCCAGGGUCUGCACCCUUAUACAACACUCCAGACCCACAUCCCUUGCAGUCCUCAGUAUAUCGGGCACCCUAUCCAGCACAUGCCACGCCCAGCGGUCUUUCCUGUUCCUGGCUCAGCUUAUCCCCAAGUAAGUUAUCUUUUGUAGGGUAAGCAUCUCGGGGGGGCAUCUUUUUCUGUCAUCCCUAGCGUUGUGGCUUAGCUGAAUAGAAGGAUGGCAAGCUGGAUUAUUUAGUUUUGCUGGUUUCAGUGUGGGACCAUAACGAAAAGGGUGAAAGCACAGCACUAGGAUGUGCCAAGGACAAAACCUGGGACCCUGUGCAUGCAAAUGGCAGCUGGAAAAAGCCCCUGUCCAAGCCCUUAGAGUCACUUCUAGUUAGGGGCAGUAAUGGGUUAGAGGGACCAAAAGCCUGAAUCUUUGUAUAAAGAUGCAUUUUUGGUGGAUAUAUAUCUCAUUGUUGCUUUCCCUGUUUGUGUCAGAAUUAUUAAAUUUGUACUAAUUUACAAAUGGUUAGUAUUUACUGAUAAAUCUCACAUUUUCUCAUAAAAGUUUAUGGGGGUGGGGAGAAUGCCUAAGAUAGGCAUAGUGGCUAUUUUGUCUCCCGUCACAUUCCUCCCCCUUGGAAGAAUUUUGCUUAGAAUGGCCCAGUGAGCAUGGUGAGGGUUCUAGGCUUUCAGGAGUUGGGUUGGAAAUGGCGUUUUCGGUACUAGAUAGUUGGGUUGCUUGGAGGCCCCUCCUGAAAAACCCUGCCUUGUGUUUUGGGCGCAAGGCAGGGUUACCCUGUCCUCUUCCUUUGCAGGGUGUCCACCCAGCUUUCAUUGGAGCACAGUACCCAUACUCGGUCACUACCCCGUCUUUGGCAGCUACAGCAGUGUCCUUCCCGGGAGUGCCUGUCCCAUCCAUGACGCAGAUCGCUGUGCAUCCAUACCAUGCUGAGACUGGGCUGUCUCUGUCUUCCAAUGUAGCAAGUGAGUAUUUCAGUCUUGCUGUGUCUUGCGGGAAAUAGGCUCCUUUAGCAUCCUAGCUGAAUGGUGGUUCUAGUUUUGCUGAGGCUUAUGGAGCUCACCUACUGUGACACAGGAAUAGGGGUGCUUUUUUGUGCUACUGUGAACCCUGAGACAUGUAGGUGUCUGAUUUAUGUGCAAGAGGAAAUCUGCCUCAACAGAAUCCCUAGUCAUGAUGUCAUAAACCUUCAUAUUGUUCUGAAGCAUAUGAGGAAGGAAGAUGGCAAGAUGAACACAAGUGACUUUUUCUGUUAGGUUUCCUUGCACGCUUGAGGGGGGGCGGGACAACUGGUCUCUGCGCCUCUACAAUGCAAUCUCUGGGUGCAUACAACAUUUUUAAAAUUUGUUAAGGGUUUCAUUUAUGCUUUAAAAAACAACCAUAUACACCAUGUUUAAAAUGAAAACAUACUGCCAGCACAAUCCCUUUAUUCUCUUAGGAAAUUAUGAAAAUUAUGAAAACAGCGACUAUUAGGUAGAAUCCUUAGGCUACAAAUGAGAAAGAGCCCUCCAUGAAUAAUCCUUAAAACUUCUCAGGCUUGGGAGUAAACAGCUUUAAGCGGGACUUUCUUAAAAUUGACCUGCAGUGGUCUGUAGCAGGUGGGAUGUUUGGUCUACCAAACAUGGUAUAGCUAUUACUAGGUUUCCAAAGAUUGUGUCAUGAAAUUGCACAUCUAAAGAAAGGGGUGGUUGGCCUGUGGGUGCAAUGACCCCUGUAAGAAAGUCUCUUGGUGUAGACUCAGUGUCCCCUUCACCCACUUACUGUCCCCUGACUGCUAGCUUCCGCCCCCCCUCAAAGUGCAUGGAGUUGUAGGAAGAAGUUGGAAGAGUGGUUCUCUUUCAGUUCUAUAUUUUCCAAGGCUUGGAUCAGCAGCUGAUUGGCAAGCAGAGUGACUGAGAGGGUAGGAGGGAAAGGGCAUUAGUCUGAGAGACUGGGCAGAAGAAAAUGUGAGUAGCCUGCAGGGAAGAAGUGAGGCAUCACAGGAGUCGGGAGAAAGAGAAUGGAGUGCCAGGGAGGGAAGGCAAAUGUGUAGCCAAGGUGAAUGCAGUAAAUAAUAAUAAUAAUAAUAAUAAUAAUAAUAAUAAUAAUAUAAUAUCCUAUUGAAAUCACAGAAUUUUUUAAGGGGGGGCCUCCCUUCAUUAAAUCACCUCGACUGAACUAUCAAAAUCACUUGUGGUACUUUCUAAUGCUGCCAUGGCAUAAAAAUAUGAAUCUAAGGGAUGGAUCUUUAUGGACCCUCAUAAUUUUCCAUAGCCACCUUGAAAUCAUAGGUCACCUGUGUGAUUUGUUGUCAACCUAUGCUAGAUCCAUGAGGAUCAAUGUUUUUGUGUUACUAGCAAGCACUGGCUCUGAGAUUUUUAACUGUGUAGUCUACCAGUAUAAGCUUUCAUUCAAUAGUGAUUGUUCAGGGGCCUUGUGUAAAAUCAUGCAAAUUAAAGGCGAUCUAUUUCAGUUCUGCUGGAUCUAACUUCUGCUUAGAAGGACUCAUUAGAAAAGUGACAUUACGUGUGUGUCCAAGUGUGCACAUGUUUUCUGUCUGGUGGGGUGGGGAGAAAUAGAGGGAUCAGUGCCUGCAGAGUACUCCCAUAAAAAUCCAAUUGUGUCCCAGGGCCCCAAACAGUUGGUGUCGCUUAUUUCAUCUUCCCCAAUUAUUCUACUGUUGAUGUAAAGACUGUCCUGAUACAUUACUUGCUGGCUUCCCAUUGUCUGCAAAGGGAAACGAUGCUGUAAUAAGAUUUGGCUCUUGGGAACUACAUUAUAAAGCCUGCUCACAGAGAAGGCAAGCAAGUGAGCCUUCUUUAGAUUUUCUAGGACAUGUACUUCUGGGUCUACUUGCUUAUGUUUCCUCUGUCUACCGUGUUACUACCAGAGUUAAUAUUAACCCCACAGGUAUAUGACACAGUUUGGGGCAGGACGUAGUUGGCUGAAGUGCUAUAGCUGUUUGAUGCCAAUAUUCCCCCCUCCCCUUUAUACUGUUGUUUGUUUUCUCCAGUAGGAAGUGUUCAUGCAGGGUCUACAUUCCCAGCGAUUCAAGGGACUUCUUUGACGAGUUUAUCUUCUCAGCCCAGCUCCCUUGUCACAGGCGGCUUUCCUUCUGAGGAUGAGCAACACAGCCAGCCUGCAGGCAAUCAAGGCGUGCAUCACCUCCACUCUGCCUACCGAGUUGGUAAGGACAGUUAAUUGUGGCUCUUGCAACCCUCUCACCUGAAAUUCAGGACAGGGCUACUGUAUGUGAAAAUUGACUCUUGUGCCAAGGUCAAUUGGGAAGGUGUGCAAAUUCUCACGUGAUGAAGUGGUUUUAGACUGUUGUUUGGUUUAGGCUGGAAUGCAUAGCCACAAGUCUUACAAGCCGAUCACAGAAGCUUGCAGUGCAUGAAUAUUUUGAGGGAAUGUAAGUGGGUUUGGGGGAUGGAAUCACAGUGAGAUGAAGUGUGCCAAUCAGUAAUGUGAGUGCACCAGCUGUCAGCAGUCCUGAGGCAGAAAUAGUCUUUGAGGAAAGAUUUCUACAAUACUGAGAGGUUCAUAGGACUGGGGUGAACGUUAAAAUGGUCUUGGUGAGUAGAUACAGGAGGGUUGUUGUUUUUUUGCCAGGCUGGGGGCGGGGGAAGAUGCAUGUUAUGAAUCUAGUGUGGAGUGAGCCUUCAAAUUGAUUCAGAGAGAGAUGGAGUAUGAGGAUGGAUGCUUGGUAGCUGAGAUAGUCCCUUUUACCUAUGUAUAGUUGAGUCUCUGGCACGUAAUGCACAACUAGUUCAUGUUGUAGAAAACAUGUCACACGUUUAUAACUACUCAGGUUCUCCUUGAGGUUAGUGUCCUCUGGAGCUCAGAGUACUUGAGCCCUGAGUUGCUUCCUCUUGCCUUCCAAGUAAAAUAAUUGCAGGGCAGGGAGCUUGAGUUCAGUAGAAAACUGGGCAUGGACGGAGCCAGCUUCAGCAUCAUCAGGUCUAAGUGCCAGGGCCUCUGAGGAUCACAUUAGGAAUAUCAAGCUACCUCAAUACCAGGAGCCAAGGAGAGGAUGGUAGAAACCAGUGGCUUAAAGAUCCCUGCAACCCCACCCCAUGCUCUUGGCAAUCAGGCUCAGGAAUCUGGUCAUAUAAUUGGACAGCUUGGCAUUACACCUGGGCCCAAGCAAAGUAUAGCUGUUGGGUGCAUUCAGGAUCUCCCUCAGGUACAUCAGUCUCAAGGAUGCCAGCAGCUUCUCUGCUUCAUUAUAGUGAUAAUAAUCUGCCUCCUUUGUGUCCCUCAUGAUUAGUAUGGCCCAUGCUGAGACACUGACUGUGACAAAAAGCCAAGGGCUAUCCGGUGUUUCUGGGGGUAAAGCAGAACAAGCCCUUCUGUCUGCUUUCAACAGGCAUGUUUUGUGCAGUUGGGAGUCUUUCAUGGACCUGUGCCCUGUGGGCACCACAUGUACAGCCUUUAUCUGAAUUUUGGCACCUCAUUCAUAAGCAUUCUGGUACCUUGCUGUGCCAGACAAGCAUAGUUGAGCUACUGUCUUGAAGAGGUUCUUGAUUCUCGAGAAACCAAACUUUGAUCAGGCAGACUCACCACUGUUGGCUGAAGAUAUUUUGCUGCCCCAAGUGGAGACCAAAUGCCCCACUCUGCUGCAUUGCAGGACUAGCACUGGGUCUCCCAUGAAAUGGGAGGAGAAACUAUUGCAGAUGUCAGUGGAACAAAGCCCAUGGUCAUGGUGUGAGGUAACUGGGCUAGAAAUGACAGGCUUGUAAGACUCAACCAUGUGAACCACCUUGUUCAAUAUGACCUGUUCUGAGCAGAAGACAUGUGUAAGAUAAGCCUUGAUUACUGUUCCAAGGAGGGAGAUGGAACUCCCCUCAACCUCUGCUUUGUGAUGAGUCCUCCAAUCUCUAAGGUCUUGAUACCAGGUGCCCAUCCUUGACUGCAUUGGUUAUGAGUGACUGCCAGGACUUGGUCACAUUGAAUGGUUCACACCCUGCUGGUGUUGCAGGGCUAUUGAGAACUUUGGUUUUCAAGGCUGAUAGUGGUGUUUAACUGUAAUGUCCUGGAUUGAUUACAAAAUGGAUUAUCUUGCAGAUUCCUAGAAAUCAAAGUUGGCCCCUUUUGGAAAGCCUAUAGAAUGGAUGUAACAUAAUUCCAACUGUGUGCUGAGGGUGGGGAUCCUAAACAGCCUAUGUGGUGUUAUUUUGGGGCACUGAACAAAAUAAAGUGUACAGUGUCAUAUAAAAUGGGGAUUGGAGGAGGAAUAAAGUUCCUAGUGGCUACUGGAAGGUGAAUGGAUGCGAAGAGUUUGCAUGUUUCAGUGAUUUUUGUAAAGCUGUCUCUUUUUGCAAAAAUAAAAAUUUAAAUACAAAUGAACCAACCAACGAUACUUCUUUUUUCAUCUCCGCCUACUGCACUCUAAUAAAAUCAUAGUAAUUACAGGAAAAGGAAUUGAUCACUGCAUAUUUAUAUGGAACAAAGAAUGUUAAUUGGGGGACUCGGUCACUUAUUUCUUAAUUUUACUAUGUUAACACAGCCUUCUGGGCUAUCUUGAUUAUCCUUCAACCUUAACCAAGUAUCCCUCCUAAGUAGACUAUACAGACACCUGUAGGGUUCUUGGGGUGUGAAGAAGAAGACACACAAUGAAAUGGAAAGGGAGCAGGGGUGAAGAUCCAUCAUGUGUUCCCUCAAUGCCGUUCAAAGCCUCCGUUUGUCAAGGCUCACAAGCAGUGCACAGUUUGCUUCCUAUCUCUAGCACAUAAUCUCCUAUAUUGGAGUUUGAAAGGGAGUCCAGCUGGGGUAGAGCGUGUUGCUCUCUGCCUUUUGCUUUGAAAGGAAGGUGAAGGCAUGCCUUCCAGUCCUGGCUUUGGGCUGACAUCCAAAUCCUUGGGGCAUAAGAUAUAUCUGGGAUGGAGCAAGUUGUUACCCUUUACCAUUUAACACUGUGGUAAAAUGUACUAGUCUAGGAAGUAUCCCCCAGGUAGGUGGGCUUGUAAGAUGUCCAGAAUUUGGGGUCAGCCUGAAAUGUUCUGGCUUGCCCUGGUCACAGUGUAUCCCUAUACUACUCUGGACUAGGUUUGUAUUUACUUGCAGUUGGAUUCCCAGUUGGCCAUAUUGAAAUUGAUUGCCAGUGAGAACCUGGGCAUUUUCAAAACUCCUUAAAUAUGGAGAAUCCAGACUGUCCUGAGUUGCUCUCCAUAUUGUGGUUGGUGUCCUUAUCCAUUCUAUGGCAGAAUGAUGUAGAGGAGGGGUUUGUGUCACUGGAGUCCCCUUGGAAAUAUUGUCUCCCUGUUUUGGCUGUUGUCACAGAUAUGAAAGAGUACAGGAGCAGAGGGGGAAGCCUAACACAACAGAGAGUGUCGUUUUGCAUAGGAACUGAGGGCAUAACUGAAUGGUGAAUGUUGAUGUCUGUGUUUAAACAAAAUGAAAAAUGAAAAUAAAAAGUCCCGCUGGCUUUCUAUUUGUUUUUUUUAAAGCUGCUUUUGAAAGAGCAGAGGAAGAUGUACAUUUGUGCUUCCCCCCACCCGCUGCUUCUCAGCUCCAGAUCGUUCUGCAAGCUGUCGCUUCGUCUUCUCCCAAAUCCACAGGGAUUACAAAUGUUGUCAACCUUUUUACCACCUUGCAAAGAUAAGCAGAGACACCAUUUGGCAUAAUUGCCAUCUCCUAGCUCAUUUCUAUGAGAUGGUUGCGAAUGGGUGGGCACCACCCCUCUUAAGUCUUGUGGGGCUUAACUUGGUUGUCUGAAAUUUUGAAUUUGCACUUCCCUGCAGGAAUGUUAGCGCUGGAGAUGCUUGGCCGCAGGGCUCACAAUGACCACCCCAACAACUUCUCACGCAGCCCACCCUACACAGAAGACGUGAAAUGGCUCCUGGGAUUAGCUGCCAAAUUAGGUAAGGCCCAAGGCAGAGUAAAGGUUCACUUAGUCCUAAGGCAACAUUUUCCACCAAGCUCUUCUGCUUUUCGUGUAUCUUCAUCUGAUUGCCCAAACUGUAGCAGUGGCAUUGAUUCUAGAACUGGAUAAAAUGUGGAAAAUAAAAUUAAUUCGCAAAGAGAGACCACACUAAAUAUCGUAGCUUCUGAUCCAUAACAGAAGACUUAUCGCAUGGAGAUGUAAAUGACACCAAAAGUGAGCAGCUUAAAGGGUUUUUUUAGGCACUGCAGGGAUGGCUAACCUUUUUCGGGCCAAGGACUGCAUUGACCCAUGGUCAGCUGUAUGGGGGUCCCAGGUGUGGCCUAUGGUAUGGGACCCCCAUAAAAGUGGCUACAAGUAAUUCCCCCUUUUAAAAAAAAUAUUGGGAUUUUUGAUGGGCCAUAAAAACAUUCUGGCAUCACAGCAGGUAACUUCAGGAAGUACGAAUAAUUCUGUUUUAAAAAUAGAAAAAUUGCCGGACUGGGGUGUUUUUUUAAGAAAACAAAACAACUCUUGGCAUCAUGAUAUCAGAGUGAGAGACCUGGAGGAGCAGUAGAACAUAAAAAUACAUAGGGGUGGGGAAGCAAAAAAAAGCUUUGGGCGUGUGGAUAAGGCCCAUGCAUUAGUCCAAGUGUAAUUUAGAAAUUUGCUAAAGUUCUAUAAAAAGAAAAGCAGUGUUUGUGGAUUACUCUUAUAUUAGCUAGAUUCCUCAAUACUUUGUUUUAAUGGCUGGUAAGUGAAAAGUAAGGCUGGCAGAUUCUCCCUUGUCUGGUGUGUGCUCUGGCUCAUUGUAGCUAAUUUGUAGAUGCUGUGCUCUGCCCCUUGCUAAGGAGGAGAAGUAGUUGUCCUCUUGGGUUUUCAGUAUGCUUUGCCUGUUCUUCCUACUCAACUGCAUCCACCUUUAUUUUUCUGCAGGUGUCAACUAUGUGCAUCAAUUCUGUCUUGGUGCAGCCAAGGGGGUCCUGAGCCCUUUUGUGCUGCAAGAGAUCAUCAUGGAAUCCCUGCAGAGGCUCAAUCCUGCCCAUGUCCACAAUCACCUGCGCACACCAGCCUUUCACCAGUUGGUACAGAGGUGCCAGCAGGCAUACAUACAGGUACGUAUGCCCCUUCCUUUCCAUUGGGUCAAUCUUGCUUCACCUAGGUGCUCCUUGCUGCUCCAGAAAGCAUAGCCACACCAUCAUCUAAAUACCUGCCUGGAUAACGUGAAGGCUGUUAAGUCAAAGCACUUGCAGGUGAAGAACCUCCCGAUGCCCCUUAAAGGCUGGCAGAAUGAGAUUCUUCAUUUCUCAUUUAGUGUAUGUGUUGAGAAAACUGAGAAUUAAGUCUUUAUUACAGUAUUGCUUGACUAUCUAGAUGGCCUUUUGUUUUGUUGUGUUGAUCCUGGGCCUCAAAGUCUGCUUGUCAUCCCUCCUUUGGGAGAAUAAAUAAGAGCCAGUGUAGGGCAGAGCUUAAAAGCUGAACGUUGACUCUUGAGUCAACGUUGUUGAGGGAUCUUGGGCCAGCCUCUCCCUUCCUCCACAACCUACCUAUUAUGUAAGACGUUUCUGCCACCAAAGGGGAGGAGUGUGAUCAGGUAGAACAUGGAAAAUGCAUUAUUACCUUGGAAGGCUGUAUCUGAACAUCAUUUCCCCCUUGUGUCCCCUAAAGUACAUCCACCACCGGCUGAUCCACCUCACUCCGGCAGACUACGAUGACUUUGUGAAUGCCAUUCGCAGCGCCAGAAGCGCCUUCUGCCUGACCCCUAUGGGCAUGAUGCAAUUCAAUGACAUCCUUCAGAACCUGAAGCGCAGCAAGCAGACUAAGGAUUUGUGGCAAAGGGUCUCUUUGGAAAUGACCACCUUUUCACCAUGACGGCUUGGGGGUGGCUUCUUUUAGCUAGAGUUCUGUUCGUGGCACCCUUCCAUACCGGAUCUUUUUUUUUUAGCUGUUGGAAACCACUGAUUUGAUGUAUUUAUACCAAGGCAUUCCUCUUCGUGCAACUGUGACUGUGCUCCACUUCCCUUGUUUUCUUCUCCCCAGCAGGUGGAGUCAAGAAAGUAGUUUUGCAAGUGCAAGGAAGUACGUGGGUGUGUAUGAGAGUGUUUUCUGUGUGAGAGUUGCGGGGGUUGGGGGGGGGAGAGGCAGAGUUGUCUGGCUGGCUGAUACUUGGCCAAUGCUUUCAGCCCCCUUCCUGUGCAGUUUUCUAAAUGAGGGUGUGUGUGUGUGUGCGCGCGUGUGUGUCUGCAUGUUAAGGGCGUAGGGUGGAGCCUGUCCUUUAUAAUAUUUAUUUUAGCAUUUAUAAAUAUGUAUACUACUUUCUAUAAGGUUCUAAAAAUUUCAUUCAUCAUAGGGCCAGGAGAGGCAAGAGUUUUCUUUUUGCGCAACCUGGGCUCCUCCGUCACCAUUCCGCCUGCAGCAACUACCCAGAGGAGCUCAGGCUGAAGCGGAAAGAGCUCCUUCAGCCAGCACUGCCUACAUGUUUGGAUGGGCAAAAGGCCCCAGAACAGUAUUGAGCUGGCUACUGCAGUUUCUUUGCUGCUUGGACUGUGGCCCCAAAGAGUUUUUGUCAUCAGGCUUUGUAGGAUGUUCCAACCAUGGUGGUUCUGAGUUGUACAGUCAUGUUACUUUGGCUGGGAUGUUAGCUCUCCUGUAAUCAAUUUCUUAUUCCUUGUUUCAGUUUCCUGAUUAAAACACUCAUUUUCUUAGACUGAUUCUUUUCUCCAUCCUUCUGUUAAUCAUGCUGAGGAUGCGAUAAAACACGGAACUUAAGUCUGCCUGCAGCAGGUUGUUACCUUGUAACAUGAAUGGUCUUUGACAUACACCAGUUUCAUUGCGAUUCUGCUUACCAUGCUAACACACAGUACUUAAGACUGUAAGACAUAAGGCAAUGAGCUAACCUGGUUAGAGAAAGGCAGGUCAUCCAAGGCAGGUUGGAAUGUGAAGAAAGGAGUUUGAGCUCUCUUGCUCCUAAACACAGAUGGAUUAUUCCUGACAUUGUCCUUUCCUUUCCUGUUUUGAUUGUUCUUUACCUAUUUGCAAUUUACCUUGUUAAGUUGUUUGGGGGCAUUUUUUGUAUAAAGUGAUGAAUACAGUAAAUAAUAUUACUAACAAAAAUAGUAAAAUCAAAAUCCUAAGAGAGCCCUAUUAGAUCAGACCAA